GCAAAAUGUAGAGGCAUCUUCACCCCUCCUCUCCCCUCCCGAGCCGUACAGCAGCAGCAGCCCUGAUCCCGCCCAGCCCCUCUGCCUGUUUUUCCCUGUCAUUCUCCCACAGCAGCGGUCACACUGCAAGCAAUGAGCAUCCACAGCUGACAGUCUCCUAGGCGUUUCCAGCUGCCUCUCAGGAAACCACGGAUAAUCUUCCAAAUUGGCCAAUGACACCCACUGGCUGAAACAUUUAUUUAUUUCAUUUUGUAAUCGUCCCCUGCUUUUGUUGUGAAUGGUUUUUGGGGGGGACGCAUUGGGGGUCUCAGGAGAAGGUACAUUACGGAGAAAUGAAAGAAUAGUCAUUUCCACGGAACCCAUGGAACAAUGUGCAAUGGGCAUCCAGCUGCCAGGGACUCAUGGCUGUUAAAUCCUUCUGCUCAGCAAAGAAAAGGUGAGGUGGAGGAGGAAUACACCAGAGAGGUCUAUCUCCAUGCAUCGAUGAAUUAGACGAUUGGAGAUAUUGGCCCUACGUGUCUGGUUCUAGGUGUGCUGCUUGGAAUAAACAAGAGCAUCAGACACAGGAAGGGAGGGGGACAAAAUGGGCAGUAAACCCAAGAGCAGCGAGGCGCUGAAGGUGGUGGUUCGAUGCCGCCCCAUCAAUAGGAAAGAGGAGGCAGCUGGGUAUGACAGCAUUGUGUCUAUGGAUGUUAAGCUGGGGCAGGUGACCAUCCGGCAUCCCAGAGCAAAUCCAGUGGAACUGCCAAAGACGUUCACAUUUGACGCUGUGUAUGAUGCCAACUCCAAACAGGCUGAUUUGUAUGACGAGACGGUCAGGCCCCUUAUAGAUUCUGUCUUGCAAGGGUUUAACGGCACCUUAUUUGCUUAUGGGCAAACUGGCACAGGGAAGACCUACACAAUGCAAGGUGUUUGGGCCGAGCAAGAGAAAAGGGGGGUCAUACCAUAUGCCUUUGACCAUAUUUUCACUCAUAUAUCACGGUCCCAAAACCAACAGUAUUUGGUGAGGGCAUCUUACCUUGAGAUCUACCAAGAAGAGAUAAGAGACCUCCUGAGCAGGGAUCAGAAUAAGAAGCUAGAACUCAAAGAGAAUCCCGAAACUGGAGUUUACAUCAAAGACCUCUCUUCAUUUGUGACCAAGAAUGUGAAGGAGAUCGAGCAUGUGAUGAACCUGGGUAAUCAGUCUCGGUCAGUGGCCUGUACCAACAUGAAUGAGCACAGUUCUAGGUCCCACACAAUUUUUGUCAUCACAAUAGAAUGCAGUGAACUAGGUGUGGAUGGAGAGGAACAUAUCCGAGUGGGGAAACUCAACCUGGUGGACCUGGCUGGCAGCGAGCGACAGAGCAAAACAGUAGUGAAUGGUGAAAGGCCAAAAGAAGCUUCCAAAAUCAAUCUUUCCCUUUCCGCUUUGGGAAAUGUGAUAUCAGCCCUGGUAGAUGGCAGGAGCACCCACAUUCCUUACCGAGACUCUAAACUGACCCGCUUGCUCCAGGACUCUCUGGGUGGUAAUGCCAAAACCAUAAUGGUUGCCACUAUGGGCCCUGCAUCUCAUCAUUAUGAUGAGACCUUGUCUACUCUCAGGUUUGCCAACAGGGCCAAAAACAUUAAGAACAAGCCAAGAAUCAAUGAGGACCCCAAGGAUACUCUGUUGCGGGAGUUCCAGGAAGAAAUUGCUAGACUGAAGGCACAACUGGAGAAAAGAGGGAUGCUGAGCAAGAAGAAGAGAAGAAACAGCCGCAGGAAAAAAUCAGUAGAUGGAGAAAGUAUCAUGGACACAGAGGUGGAAGAAGACAAUGAUGAGAACUUAAUUGAUAAAAAUGUGGGGUGUUACCUGAAAGAGCAAACUGAAAGGCUUGAACAGGAGAAGGCCGCCAUACAAGAUGACCACAGUUUACUGGCGGAUGAGAAGUUAAAGCUUAUUGAGGAGAAAGAGAAGAUGAUGGAGGACCUAUCUAAAGAGCGAAAAGCCACAGAGCUGUUAGCCGUGAAAUUCAAGGUAAGAUCCUCUAGUUUCAUUGAGACUGGUUAUAUUUGCUCAUUUUUAUUAUUAUUAUAAUUGCCAUUUAUAUAGCACCAACAGAUUAUGUAGCGCUUUACAAUAUUAUAAGCGGGAGGAAUUUAACUAUAAAUAGGACAAAUACAAAAAAACUUUCAGGAACGAUAGGUUGAAGAGGACCGGCUCAAACAAGCUUAUAGUCUACGGGUCCCAGGUAGGUUCUACUCUAAGACCUAACUGCACUUCAGACAAGAAGCAUUUGGAAGAGCCCUCUUCAGUGAAAUUUAUGUUGUUUAAAAUAGGUUGUGUUGUCAUAUAAUGUACAAUAAUAUUGUGUUUGAUGGUUCCAUAAGUAGGUCCCCCUGACUGAUGCAAGCAUUGACACAGCCACCAGGUAUAAGCAGAAUUAAUUCCCGAUGGAUCAGUGAGAUCAGUUACUGAUGAGUGUGUGUGAUCCAGUCUCACCCAAUAUCUGCUCCCAUCCAUGGCAAUCCUUUCUGGGCUCGUUAGACAGUUUCUGUUUAGUUCUUUUUAAGGGAUUACUCUCCCGGGAUUAAAGGGUUAAAGUAAAUAAAAUGGCAAGAGACCUUGGUGGUAAACUUCUGGGACCUGGACACCGGACUAAGUACUAACUCUGUGUCUUGUGUAACCUCUUCCUAUGACUCCCAGUCGGGGCAAGCCACCUGUCAGGAAGGGGUUAACACCAAGAUACUUGGUAGUAAACUGCUAGCAGCAUGUUUAAGGGUUAACAUCACUGUCUGCUGACCAAUCACAGUACUGUUUAGUAUAGAAAGACUCCAACAGGUUACAGUAGGCCAUCGUUUUGUGUCCCUUUAAAUCAGCCGUGCUCAGGGACGAAUCUCAGCUCUGUGUAAACUCUAAACUACAAUUUAACAUUUUUAGCAUAAUCAUUAACAUUCUAAAUAAUGCUCGUUCUGUCUGUCUAUCCGUCUAUCUGCCCAUUCGUCUCUACUUCUUUGUAUCCAUCACAGACUUCCGCUUACGGGGUUAAUAACUUCACUGUAAAUUGUGUUUAAAUUGAGUUAACGUGUGCUUGGACGUUUUAAUUCUAAAUAAUAGGAAAACAACAAAAAUUCUCCCAAAUAAGAUAUUUUUCCAACGUAACUACUUGGCCCUAAUAUUUUCAGUUAUCUGUUUAGUGAAUAAACCCAAUCUAUUUUUGUCUCUCUCUGUAUUUCUUCCUAAAUCUAUUUCUCUUUAUCUAAUCCCUUUACACUCAGCACUGCACGCUAUUCUGUGAUUCUCAUACAUAAUAAAUACAUGUAUGUUGUCAUCGGAGGCCACACAUUCACUGUACCAAAUGGUACCAAAUUAGAAUAAAAGCUAUCAGAUUCUUCAUCGCAGCAGCUAGAAUGGAGUGAAAAUCAGGGAGGAAUUAUUUGACUGCACCUGGAAAAUGUGGAUGCUUUAAGUAGGGUUAGGCAACCUUUGGCCCUCCAGAAGUUGUGUACAGCAUUAUAGGAGAUGUAGUCCGUAACAUCAUGUGUGAUGAUGAGUGCCUACCCCUCCUUUAGAAGAUAAAAUGUGUGUACAUUGCUUGAGCCAGAUUGUUGGAAAAAUUAUAUUUCUACUUUAAGUUCUCCUCACAAGCUAUACGAUACUGGUAUGUGGAGACAUGGAGAGCCCGUAUAAACAUUCCAGUGGUUCCCAAGGUGACUGCUCUUCAUUAAUUUAAUGAUCAGGAUUGUGUAAGUAGGAAAGUACCAAAGAGGUGAAGUUUGAUGUUCCUCAGGGGUUGGACUAACUUGUGUGUGGCUAUCUGCCUACAAGGAGUAAGUUAAUCUGUACUUGGGACAGAUUCCCCAGUCUGAAGUCUGUAGAUGUUAGAACCAGUCUCAUUGCCAGGUUGACUUCCAGAUCGUGACAGAAGACUACAAAACAGAUCAGUCAGGAGCUUCAUCCUCUGUGGACAUAACAGGGAUGGGCCUAACAAGCUCUCAAAUGUCAGGAUGGACACAUACGUGAGUGGUCACUCCCCUCUCAUACACUGGUAAUAAGGGACAAGCUAGGAGAGUAAUCGACGAAGCUGUGUGAGGUACUCCAGUCUCCUCUAAGAUUACUGCAGCACUGGAUAAGAAUGGAUAUAAUUGUUGUUUUUCUACAGUGUUGGGUUAAAGGCUAUAAAACCCCCAAAAUAUACUAGUUUUAAAAUGUAACCUUUCUAUAAUGGCCAGCAGUCACAGAUCUAGGGGGUCAAUCCUAAUUUGUAGACCUAACUCACAGUUCUGGGUAUAUUUCUCCAGAAUCCCAUUUCUGACCCCCCUCCAAGAAUCGCCUUGAAUAAUAGUAGUGUAAACAUGCUAUUAAAGGCACACGGGCUAUGACAUUUUGGGUUAUUUCUUCCCUUGAGAGAGUCCUUCUGCUGCGCUCUGAGACAUUUGUGGUGGUUUGGAGACUCACAGCCACACAUUAAGUGAAAAUGUCUAACACAAGAUUACUGCGUUACUAUGUCAGUGCUGUUAUCCAUAAUAGAGCAGUGGACCCAUGCAACAAGCCUACAUUACUACAGUGAGAUUACAGGGGCUUUGCAAUAAUCUUUGGGGGUCUAUGGUGCUAAGUAGGGUAAUGUAAGAUUUCGGGUUUGGGUAACUGCCUUCAAGAUGCUGCGGCCAGCCUAAGAGUGAAAGGAGCUACAAUCUAUAGCGUCUUUCAGCCCUUAAUCCCGACAAGCCCUAUCUCUGUAAAAUGCUCAGUAUUCAAAAUGCAAUGUUUAUACAGGAUCCCGGGUUAGAGCUUGGAAACUCUUAUAUAGAAGAAAUGUCCUGUAAUACUGAGUGCUUAAAGUCACUGUAGCGGAAUAGGGGACCCAACUACACUUUUAUUCCCUUUGUUCGUUUGUCUGUACACCCGGGUUCGUUUACCGAACCCCCUCUCUGUGUGGCCUCUUGUUUGCAUCUUUUAAUCACCGACCACCCCUGGCUGUUAACCACAAAUUGGUAAUUAGUUCAAGUGUUUUCCCUGUGUGGCCGCUGUUUGUAUGACCAAACGCAUGUGUUCAAACAAUUGGUGGUCAUUUUUUCUCCCAAACACGGGCAGCAGUUCAUGGUCGUCGACAGCGUGGAACUGUUUUCGGACAUGAACUACCGAACAGGGGGAGCAUUUGCUACCUAACAGCCAUUGGUGUUCACGUGAGAACCCCCGAAAGAUGACCGGUUGUUGUCUUGUUUCUCUUGAACUGUUUUGGGGCAUUACUUUGUGGUCGACCGGUCAAAACGUCAUUCGAAUGGCGUUCCCGAACCAACAAAGGGAUCAGAGUGAUAUUUCGGCAAAAUGUGCACUCAGAUUAAAGCUAUUUGGUGACAUGACUUUCGUGGGGUUCCAAAGUUAUUAGGGUGUUUUAGAAUAUUGUAUAUUUUUCUGUACCUGAGAGAUAAUUGAGUUAUAGUCAAGCAAUUAGCUCUCAGGCACAGAGGAUCCUGUAUUUUCAAUAUGGAGACCCCAUGUAGGGGUUUGUGCAUAAAAGCCAUGUGUGGCCAAAAUAAAAUCAGUUGACUCCCAGAACUAUGUGUCAUCUAGUUGGGGGGCGGGGGAGGUCUUGGAUUAUUAUACUGCUUAUUUCAGCUACAAGGAAGGUAUAGUGGAGAUACCUAUGCUGACUUAAAACAGAAGACAUCAGUAAAGCUAGAAAACACAGAGGCGUUCAUCAAAAUCUAUAGAGAUGUAGGAUUUGUCCUGUCACACGCCAGCCAGGUCUUGGCACAGUGAGCUCAACUGUGGAUAUAGGUCUUUACACAAAUAAUUCAGAGAGAUCCAGAGAGCUCUCCUAUCAUUGUUUCAUCGGCUUUGAUCCAUUUGGUGGGAGCUUCUCAUACACUGACAAAGGGAUACAGGAAUGAAAUCCAUGGAAUGGGGGGAGAUACAGGUUGGAGCAGGGGCUGAGCCAUAUUUAGGUCCUUCUUACUAUUUAACCCCGGAAUAAUGGGCCCCCAAUCUCACGCCGUAUAUACAUCUGCUGGCCAUUUCACAAACUUGAUAAAAGGCCCUGCAUUCGUGUAACACAAUAAAUGAGCAGCUACGCACUGGGGUGGGGGGGACAGGUGGAGUCAUAUCUAAAUUACAUUAUAAAUUUAUUUAUCAUUUAUCUGUGCGUUGUAGUUAUAGUGAAUCUGUCAUGGCAAGCUCACUUUAAUGCAUCCCAUUCAUUCUGGACUAUUCUAGAGUGCAGCUUCUGUCUAUACCCACUAUAUGCAUACACACAUACACUUACCCACCCCGACACUUACCCAUCUCUGUGGGCAAACUCAGGGGUGGGCCCUAACCGUGAUUCCCAAAAUGUCUGAUGGCAGUCCUGCUACAGCAUUUCUGGAAAAAAAGGAAAUAGCAUUGGGGUUAUAAUCAGGACUUGGAAGGUGAACGUAAAUCAGAGAAAGUCGUCCAUCCUCCACUCAAGGUGCACUUUGAAAAGAUCUCUCAAACCAUUUCUGUUUGUUUGAAUUUUUUCCAGAUAUCGGUCAGCAUAGAUUAUCCUCAUUAUUCUAAUUUGCAAUAGAUAAGGGGUGUCCAGUCCCCACUGUUGUUAGAAGACCUUUACUUUAUCUGCUAUAAAAAGUCUGAGUAAAGAAUUUACAAAUCCAUUAUUAAUUAGAGUCAGUUUGUAUACAAGUAAAUCCGAUGUUUGUACUAAAUUCUAGAUAAAUGCCCUUUACUUUGAAUGUCAGAAUUCCAAAGAUACACCAGUUAGUGUCGCCCGAUCUCACAGUUUGGAGAUUUCUCAUUCAGCAGGAAUUCUGUGCUCAAUCUGAGGGUUCAUUAGCACAGAUUACUAAACGGCCGUGAAAUCCUCCCAUCUCCCCAGGGAUGGAACAAGCUUAGUCAAGAGAACCAUUGUCCGAGAUAACCCAACAACAUGCUCUGUAGAUUGCAAUCUCCUACACACAGGGAAUACAGUGACUGUAAGCUCUUUAGAUCAGUGCCUGCUGCUUGUUUCUGUAGAACAAUAUCCUGUGAGCUGACUAACUCAUUGUUUUGUCAUUCAAUCCUGUCCCUUUUGUCUACAAAGACCGUGACAUUAUGCCUUAGGCCAUGUUCUCCCUUUCUAAAUGCAUCACAGGGUCUUCCUUACAAAUGAGUGAGUGUGCAGAUCAUAUAGUGUGGGUUAUAGGAGGUAUGGGGGCCUGCAGUGAGCAUGCUGCUCAGGUAGUGUGGGUUAUAGGAGGUGUGGGGGGCUGCAGUGAGGGUGCUGCUCGGGUAGUGUGGGUUAUAGGAGGUGUGGGGAGCUGCAGUGAGCAUGCUGCUCAGGUAGUGUGUGUUAUAGGAGGUGUGGGGAGCUGCAGUGAGGGUGCUGCUCAGGUAGUGUGGGUUAUAGGAGGUGUGGGGAGCUGCAGUGAGGGUGCUGCUCAGGUAGUAUGGGUUAUAGGAAGUGUGAGGAGCUGCAGUGAGGGUGCUGCUCAGAUAGUGUGGGUUAUAGGAGGUGUGGGGAGCUGCAGUGAGGGUGCUGCUCAGGUAGUAUGGGUUAUAGGAGGUGUGGGGAGCUGCAGUGAGCAUGCUGCUCAGGUAGUGUGGGUUAUAGGAGGUGUGGGGAGCUGCAGUGAGGGUGCUGCUCAGGUAGUAUGGGUUAUAGGAGGUGUGGGGAGCUGCAGUGAGCAUGCUGCUCAGGUAGUGUGGGUUAUAGGAGGUGUGGGGAGCUGCAGUGAGGUGCUGCUCAGGUAGUAUGGGUUAUAGGAGGGUGGAGCUGCAGUGGCGUGCUGCUCAGGUAGUGUGGGUUAUAGGAGGUGUGGGGGCUGCGGUGAGCAUGCUGCUCAGGUAGUGUGAUUUAUGGGGUGUGAGGGGCUGCAGUGGGGUUGCUGCUCAGGUGGUGUGGUUAUAGGAGGUGUGGGGCUGCAGUGAGGGGUGCUGCAGGUGGUGUCAGUGUUAUGGGAGGUGUGAGGCUGCAGUGAGCAUGCUGCUCAGGUAGUGUGGGUUAGGAGGUGUUGCAGUGAGUGUGCUGCUCAGGUAGUGUGUAUUAUAGGAGGUGUGGGGAGCUGCAGUGAGUGUGCUGCUCAGGUAGUGUGUGUUAUAGGAGGUGUGGGGAGCUGAAGUGAGCGUGCUGCUCAGGUAGUGUGUGUUAUAGGAGGUGUGGGGAGCUGCAGUGAGUGUGCUGCUCAGGUAGUGUGUGUUAUAGGAGGUUUGGGGGGCUGCAGUGAGGGUACUGCUCGGGUAGUGUGUUAUAGGAGGUGUGGGGAGCUGCAGUGAGCAUGCUGCUCAGGUAGUGAGUGUUAUAGGAAGUGUGGGGAGCUGCAGUGAGGGUGCUGCUCAGGUAGUGUGGGUUAUAGGAGGUGUGGGGAGCUGCAGCGAGGGUGCUGCUCAGGUAGUGUGUGUUAUAGGAGGUGUGGGAGCUGCAGUGAGGGUGCUGCUCAGGCAGUGUGUGUUAUAGGAGGUGUGGGGAGCUGCAGUGAGCAUGCUGCUCAGGUAGUGUGGGUUAUAGGAGGUGUGGGGAGCUGCAGUGAGGGUGCUGCUCAGAUAGUGUGGAUUAUAGGAGGUGUGGGGAGCUGCAGUGGUUGUGCUGCUCAGGUAGUGUGUGUUAAAGGGGGUGUGGGGAGCUGCAGUGAGUGUGUUGCUCAGGUAGUGUGCUAUAGUAGGUGUGGGAGCUGCGGUGGGGUGCUGCUCGGGUGGUUAGUGUGGUUAUAGGAGGUGUGGGAGCUGCAGGUGCUGCUCAGGUAGUGUGUGUUAUAGGAGGUGUGGGAGCUGCAGUGGGGUGCUACUCAGGUAGUGUGUGUUAUAGGAGGGUGUGGGGGCUGCAGUGAGCAUGCUGCUCAGAGUAGUGUGGGUUAUGGGAGGUGUGGGGAGCUGCAGUGAGGGUGCUGCUCAGGUAGUGUGGGUUAUAGGAGGUGUGGGAGCUGCAGUGAGGGUGCUGCUCAGGUAGUGUGUGUUAUAGGAGGUGUGGGAGCUGCAGUGAGGGUGCUGCUCAGGUAGUGUGAGUUAUAGGAGGUGUGGGGGGCUGCAGUAAGCGUGUUGCUCAGGAAGUGUGGGUUAUAGGAGGUGUGGGAGCUGCAGUGAGGGUGCUGCUCAGGUAGUGUGUGUUAUAGGAGGUGUGGGGGGCUGCAGUAAGCAUGCUGCUCUGGUAGUGAGUGUUAAAGGAGGUGUGGGGAGCUGCGGUGAGCAUGCUUUUUCUGUUAGGUUUUAGAAGAGAUGAUUGCUAAUGAUUCCAAACGUCUGUUUUGGCAUCUACAAGUCUAAGAAACCUUUGCUCUGAGCAGAAAUGAAGUUGUUCACAGAGAGCGUUGAAAUCUGUCACAUAGUUGCUGUAAAUAUAAGCCUAAAUAAAGUUGAAAUAAUAAUUUAAAAAAGACAUUAAGUGAUACUUUUUUUCCAUCCUUUAUGAUUUUGGAUUGGUAGGUUUCACAUAUAUUUGUAUCUUCAUUAUCUACACAAUGUAUAAAUAUUCCAUGAAUGUCUGACAUCACAUGUCCCUCACGUUUUCUCGUAUCAUUAACUCAUUGUCUGCCAGACAGACCCCAUGUUUGUAUCCUCCAUUAUAAAAUCAGUAAGUCAAUUACAGCUCCCCAAAAAACUACACAAAAACACAUUAAAGAGACACUGAUGGCAUUGUAACUGCUUUAUCUCACUGAAGUGGUUAUACUGCCUGGAGUCCCCUGGUGCCGUCCUUCCAUUCAACAAUAAACCAUUUUAAUAUUUUAAUGCUAAUCAAGAGUUCCCAGUCCCCUGCCCCUCUGUGCUGCUUGGUAUUAUGAGGAAGCAUUAGCCUGAUCAGCAAUGGGUGACUGUGAUUGUCAGCUGACCGCUCAAAAAGGGUUUAACACUGAUUGGAUGGACAGCACCAGGGGACUCCAGGCACUAUAACCACUUCAAUGAGAUGGAAUGGUUUAACACUGAAUGGAGGGACAGCGCCAGGGGACUCCAGGCACUAUAACCACUUCAAUGAGAUAGAAUGGUUUAACACUGAAUGGAGGGACAGGGCCAGGGAACUCCAGGCACUAUAACCACUUCAAUGAGAUAGAAUGGUUUAACACUGAAUGGAGGGACAGCGUCAGGGGAUUCCAGGCACUAUAACCACUUCGAUAAGAUAGAAUGGUUUAACACUGAAUGGAGGGACAGCGUCAGGGGACUGCAGGCACUAUAACCACUUCAAUGAGAUAGAAUGGUUUAACACUGAAUGGAGGGACAGCGUCAGGGGACUCCAGGCACUAUAACCACUUCGAUGAGAUAGAAUGGUUUAACACUGAAUGGAGGGACAGCGUCAGGGGACUCCAGGCACUAUAACCACUUCAAUGAGAUAGAAUGGUUUAACACUGAAUGGAGGGACAGCGCCAGGGGACUCCAGGCACUAUAACCACUUCAAUGAGAUAGAAUGGUUUAACACUGAAUGGAGGGACAACGCCAGGGGACUCCAGGCACUAUAACCACUUCAAUGAGAUGGAAUGGUUUAACACUGAAUGGAGGGACAGCGUCAGGGACUCCAGGCACUAUAACCACUUCAAUGAGAUGGAAUGGUUUAACACUGAAUGGAGGGACAGCGCCAGGGGACUCCAGGCACUAUAACCACUUCAAUGAGAUGGCUUACAGUGCCUGCAGUGCAUCUUUGUAAAUUAUGGGGAUAGUUUAUGGCAUUAUGCGAUGUCCUUUGUGUAGCACUAUCACAAUGAGAGCUAUGCUGUCUCUCUAUUGAUGGCUGAUGGCAGACAAUGUCUGUUUAUUGCUGCCCUAUGUAUUUUCUGCAAAUCAUGCUAGCUAUUAUUCUAGUUAAGGGUUAAGCCCAGACCAUAUGGGCAGAUCAUUACUUCUGGCUGCUGAUUAGAUAGAGGAAAGUACUCCCAGAUGAUGUGCAGUUAUUUGCAAACAGCGUUGGUUCCGGUCUCAGGAAUCUAUUCCAUUUCCAUAUGUGACAUGUCCUGUGCGAAAACGGUGAGCUUCCUGUGUCACGUAAUUUGUGUGUCCGUACAAUACAAGUGUGCUUUCACUCCUGAAAUAACAUCCCAUAAUACAUUAUAUAUAUAAAUGGGAUAUAUAAACGGUGACGUCACCAUCUACCCUUCACGUUCCCUCUACUCCAUGCUCUGUAUCAGAGAGAGGGAUACAAUAACUUAUCUCCUUAGCACGUAAAUCGAAGCAGGUGGAAGAGGUCUGUGCCACUGGAGGUGCAGAUCUCCCGGUCCCUCCCGCAGGACAGACGGACAAUACAUGCUGGACCUCCAUACUAUAUGAUUGGAUGUAAAGCAAGGGGUUAUGGCACUGAGUGGUGUAUGAACAUGUUUUGAUAGAUGUAGGUGCUCCGGUCCCAGGGAGCUGUGUUCAAUACUGAGUUAUCUAUCCUAAACGAUUGAUUAAUGUGUCCCAUUGCGCAUCCUGAACAUUCGCAUCUUUACUUGUGCUCAGCAGGGGUUAAAUCAGACUGAUACAUGGUUAAUAACAAUAAUAAUAAACAUUGAAACAAACAUAUAGAUACAUAAUAAUAAAUAAGACACUGACUCAGAAAUGUUGCAGAAAAGACCGUGGUCUUUUAUUUAGUUUUAAUAUAAUACAACCAACACUUAAUAACUUUAUAAUCAAACCAACUCCGGUUUUUAAACCCCCAGAGCGUUCACCAAAAAUCUCCGCUAUUUAAAACCCCAGAGAAUUACCAGAGUUCCGCCCUAUUAGCCAGAACUUCAACCAAAUGAUCAUAAACUCAGCUAGUCCACCCCCCUUUAACCCCUUCAGGACGGAGUCAAUAGUGCACGUUCUGAUCAAAACAAAACGUAAACAAAAACUGGAAUUUGCGCUAUAUGUCUGUUCAACCGUAAUUCACCGCUGUCACAUUAUAUGCACCAACACUUAUUAUAUAUCAUUUUAUUCAGGAGAAACAGGGCUUUAAUUUAUCAUUAACUAUUCAUAUAUGGAACAUAAUUUAUUAUGAAUACAAUUUAAAAAAAUUUGAGAAAUAUUUGACCAUUGUUUUGUGACUAAGUGGCUACUCAGAAAGACUGGACAUACCCCACUUGCAAUACCUUGGGUUGUCUACUUUUGCAAAUGGUAUGCCAUCAUGGGGGUAAUUCUCAUUCCUGGGCUACCAUGAGCUCUCAAAGGCAACAUAACCAACCUGGCAAAUUUCAAUUUCAAUCAAAAAAAUGAAAUGCAAGCCUUAUAUGUGACUCUCUAAUUUUCCAAAACACCAUAAAACCUGUACAUGGGGGUACUGUUAUUCUCGGGAGACUUCACUAAACAUAAAUAUUAGUGUUUUAAAACAGUAAAACAUAUUACAACAAUAAUAUAGUGCAUAAAAGUGCCGUUUGUUUGUAAAAAAUGCAAAAAAACCUAACUUUUACUUAAAAUAUCAUCGUUGUAAUACAAUUUACCAGUUUGAAACACUAAUAUUUGAGUUCAGCGAAGUCUCCCGAGUAAAACAGUACCCCCUAUGUACAGCUUUUAUGGUGUCUUGGAGAGUUACAGGGUCAAAUAUAGUGCUUGCGAAUUAAAUUCUCUGCACUUUCUCCCUGUGUUGUCAGGCAUGUCAGUCAAAUUUUAAUUAAUCAAAUCACAUAAUUAGGUUAAAAGAUUACUUAAAUAUACGCGUAGAAUUUUAAUAUAUAUGCAUUUAUAGGUAUUUAAAUUCUACGUGUACACUAAUAUAAUCUUUUAUGUAAUUAUAUGUAUUUAUCUAUAUAUAUAUAUUUGCGGUUAUUUGUAUUUUAUAUAUAGAUAGAUAUAUAUAGAAUGUCAUUCUAAGUGUAUUUUGUUACCAAUAUAUAUAUAUUAAUAAAAAAAUAUAGCUAGAAUGAAAUUACAUAUGAAUAUAUAAUUUAUAUUAAAUUUUGUUUCAAUAUUUUAUUUAUUUUAUUAUUUUAUGUAUUUAAUUGUAAUUAUACAUAUAUAUAUAUGUAACGUCAUUCUAAGUGUAUUUUAAUACUAAUAUAUGUACUUAUAUUAAUAUUAAAAUACACUUUGUAUGACGUUACAUAUAUAUAAUAUGUAUAUAUAUAUAUAUAUAUAUAUUAUAUAUAUAAUAGAUAUACAUAUAUUAUAUAUAUAAAUAAAUUUCUAUUUUAUUUUAAACAUUUUUAAUUCUUUUUUUUUUUUUUUUACUUUCCCACCAGCAAGGGGACUGUCUGACAUUUCAGACAGCCCCCUGCUGGAAGAUCCACAGCCAGCUAUAGGGGGCCAUGUGAUCGCUCUUUGAGAGCGAUCACAUGGCCCCCAGGGGCCUCAUUUGCCGGGGGAGGGCUGCCCGGGCUGUCAGGCAGCCCUCCGAAAGAGGAUCGCGGUGGAGGUAAGUCCAUCGGACCUCCAGGGGCAGAAAGCCGUUACAGCGUUCUAUGCCGCCGCAACGGCUUUAAAGCCCUUUUAAUGCUGGACGGCAUAGAACGCUGUAAUGGCGUUAAGGGGUUAAAUUAGGCAGGUGACCUCAACCCCAAUAAAAGACCACGACAAAUGCAUAGGGAGGGAGGGAGAGCGGGGAAAACAGCUCCAGAAAGGGGUAAAUCUUCUUUCUUCUGGCGCCAAGAACUUACCUCAGGGCGCCUUAAAUACUUGCUUUUCCCGCCUAGGAGUACCCUCGCGGACAAGUACUCCAAUCAGAGCACUGUCCGCACGGACCCCUGUUUGAAAAACGCACAAGGGCACAGCAACAGCUGUUGCUAAAUGCCCUUGCAGUCAGUGCUAUUCCCGACGCGAUCUGACCCCUGAUUAACCCAGCGACGCACAUGUGUUACUAGUCUAUGGACUAGGUACAUUCUGAUCAUCGCCAGUUGCCACAUUCUGGCUGUACUUUAUUUGAAGAGAAGUUCAUAGAAUCAGUGUCUGAGCUUUUUUGUUCUCUGAGUGGAGUUUACGAUAGAAUUCUGAGAGAGGAGUCUGGAAACGUGGAAUUAUGUGAUAAAAUGUUUGGCUAUUGAGUGAUAACGAUAGUCUAGCUCCUCAGGGGCGGUCUCAGCUCUCUAAUCUCUGAAUGCAGCACUGGGGAUGUUCCUUCUGUGAUCUGAUUAGGUAUCUCUCCAGGUUCUUUGGAUACAAUGACUUGGGUUAUAAAGAGUAUAUUAAACGUAUUAGAAAGCUAAUGUAUUAAACUUUUAGAUCAGCUAACACUCUCAUCCAAUUAGAUUUUUCAGCAUCACAGGGAUUAGCUCAUGGCUUGGCUCGGGGGAGAUAACGCAAAUCUCUGUUUACUAGAUUCGGAGCUUCCUGCAUUAGUAGUGGAGACUGGGAGCGGUGCCCAGGAGAUCUCUGGUCAAACUGUUCAAAAGCGCUUUGUUCUCUUCCAGCGGGGAGGGGGAUGAUGCUUGCAGUGUUGCUAUAAUAGUAUGAUUGCUGGACCCACAACGAGUGGAUAGAUGUCAAGUUUCAUUUUGUGCUGCUCUGCCACGCUAAAUUAAAUUGAGGUGCCACCCCCAGCAGUGAGUGCGAUAAUAUUGGGGUCCAAUGAAUCUGCGUCUAGUGUCUGAAACACAGCUACAAAAUUAAGGCCACGCUAUUAAACGUGGACAAAAUGCCACCUUGGACACCCAACUCGUUUUACAUUUUUUUGACCCACAUUUGGCAAAUUAUUUUAUUUUUUAACUCUCCACAAUUCCCUGUUUAGUUAACUAAACCUUGAACAAGUGACCCCCAACUUUUUAAAGAACUAAAUCUUCCACUGGCAAGGCAUCAUGGGAGUUGUAGUUCUAUUUUGUAGCCAAGUCUACCAUAGGCUAUUCCUGAGCUCUGCCAUCGGCCCGUGCUGGAUCCCCUGAGCGUCUGCCCUACAUCCGUCUCCUAUGAGCUUAUUAAGGGCCUGUCUGGGGAUUUACCAGAUAGAACAAUCUGACAUCUCCUGCAAAGCCUCAUCUAGGGCCCUCCUGCAAUGCAUCCUGGGAUAUAAACGCUAACUACACUCCUAGCUGAUGCAAUAUUAUUCAUUAUUAUUACAUUUAUUAAUACAAUUCUUAAUGAAUGAGCAGAUUCUCUGAGUGAAUGGACAGACACUGUAUGUGAAUGAGCAGAUACUGUGAGUGAAUGAGCAGAUUCUCUGAGUGAAUGGACAGACACUGUAUGUGAAUGAGCAGAUGCUGUGAGUGAAUGAGCAGAUUCUCUGAGUGAAUGGACCGACACUGUAUGUGAAUGAGCAGAUGCUGUGAGUGAAUGAGCAGAUUCUCUGAGUGAAUGGACAGACACUGUAUGUGAAUGAGCAGAUGCUGUGAGUGAAUGAGCAGAUUCUCUGAGUGAAUGGACAGACACUGCCCUCUCUGGGUUAUAGUGUGUGAGAGUCGCUGCACACUGCCCUCUCUAGGUUAUACAGUGUGUGAGAGUCGCUGCACACGUCCCUCUCUAGGUUAUACAGUGUGUGAGAGUCGCUGCACACUGCCCUCUCUAUGUUAUACAGUGUGUGAGAGUCACUGCACACUGCCCUCUCUAGGUUAUACAGUGUGUGAGAGUCGCUGCACACGUCCCUCUCUAUGUUAUACAGUGUGUGAGAGUCGCUGCACACUGCCCUUUCUAGGUUAUACAGUGUGUGAGAGUCGCUGCACACUGCCCUCUCUAGGUUAUACAGUGUGUGAGAGUCGCUGCACACUGCCCUUUCUAGGUUAUACAGUGUGUGAGAGUCGCUGCACACUGCCCUCUCUAGGUUAUACAGUGUGUGAGAGUCGCUGCACACUGCCCUCUCUAGGUUAUACAGUGUGUGAGAGUUGCUGCACACUGCCCUCUCUAGGUUAUACAGUGUGUAAGAGUCACUGCCCUCUCUAGGUUAUACAGUGUGUGAGAGUCGCUACACACUGCGCUCUCUAGGUUAUACAGUGUGUGUGAGUCACUGCACACGUCCCUCUCUAGGUUAUACAGUGUGUGAGAGUGGCUGCACACCGCCCUCUCUAGGUUAUACAGUGUGUGAGAGUCACUGCACACUGCCCUCUCUAGGUUAUACAGUGUGUGAGAGUCGCUGCACACUGCCCUUUCUAGGUUAUACAGUGUGUAAGAGUCACUGCCCUCUCUAGGUUAUACAGUGUGUGAGAGUCGCUGCACACUGCGCUCUCUAGGUUAUACAGUGUGUGUGAGUCACUGCACACGUCCCUCUCUAGGUUAUACAGUGUGUGAGAGUGGCUGCACACCGCCCUCUCUAGGUUAUACAGUGUGUGAGAAUCACUGCACACUGCCCUCUCUAGGUUAUACAGUUGUGAGAGUCACUGCACACUGCCCUCUCUAGGUUAUACAGUGUGUGAGAGUCGCUGCACACUGCCCUCUCUAGGUUAUACAGUGUGUGAGAGACGCUGCACACGUCCCUCUCUAGGUUAUACAGUGUGUGAGAGUCGCUGCACACUGCCCUCUCUAGGUUAUACAGUGUGUGAGAGUCGCUGCACACUGCCCUUUCUAGGUUAUACAGUGUGUGAGAGUCGCUGCACACUGCCCUCUCUAGGUUAUACAGUGUGUAAGAGUCACUGCCCUCUCUAGGUUAUACAGUGUGUGAGAGUCGCUGCACACUGCGCUCUCUAGGUUAUACAGUGUGUGUGAGUCACUGCACACGUCCCUCUCUAGGUUAUACAGUGUGUGAGAGUGGCUGCACAGGGCCCUCUCUAGGUUAUACAGUGUGUGAGAGUCACUGCACACUGCCCUCUCUAGGUUAUACAGUUGUGAGAGUCACUGCACACCGCCCUCUCUAGGUUAUACAUUGUGUGAUAGUCGCUGCACACUGCCCUCUCUAGGUUAUACAGUGUGUGAGAGUCGCUGCACACUGCCCUCUCUAGGUUAUACAGUGUGUGAGAGUCGCUGCACACGUCCCUCUCUAGGUUAUACAGUGUGUGAGAGUCGCUGCACACUGCCCUCUCUAGGUUAUACAGUGUGUGAGAGUCGCUGCACACGCCCUCUCUAGGUUAUACAGUGUGUGAGAGUGCUGCACACGAGGUUAUACAGUUCGCUGCACACUGCCCUCUCUAGGUUAUACAGUGUGUAAGAGUCACUGCCCUCUCUAGGUUAUACAGUGUGUGAGAGUCGCUGCACACUGCGCUCUCUAGGUUAUACAGUGUGUGUGAGUCACUGCACACGUCCCUCUCUAGGUUAUACAGUGUGUGAGAGUGGCUGCACACCGCCCUCUCUAGGUUAUACAGUGUGUGAGAGUCACUGCACACUGCCCUCUCUAGGUUAUACAGUUGUGAGAGUCACUGCACACUGCCCUCUCUAGGUUAUACAUUGUGUGAGAGUCGCUGCACACUGCCCUCUCUAGGUUAUACAGUGUGUGAGAGUCGCUGCACACUGCCCUCUCUAGGUUAUACAGUGUGUGAGAGACGCUGCACACGUCCCUCUCUAGGUUAUACAGUGUGUGAGAGUCGCUGCACACUGCCCUCUCUAGGUUAUACAGUGUGUGAGAGUCGCUGCACACGUCCCUCUCUAGGUUAUACAGUGUGUGAGAGUCGCUGCACACUGCCCUCUCUAGGUUAUACAGUGUGUGAGAGUCGCUGCACACUGCCCUCUCUAUGUUAUACAGUGUGUGAGAGUCACUGCACACUGCCCUCUCUAGGUUAUACAGUGUGUGAGAGUCGCUGCACACGUCCCUCUCUAGGUUAUACAGUGUGUGAGAGUCGCUGCACACUGCCCUUUCUAGGUUAUACAGUGUGUGAGAGUCGCUGCACACUGCCCUCUCUAGGUUAUACAGUGUGUGAGAGUCGCUGCACACUGCCCUUUCAAGGUUAUACAGUGUGUGAGAGUCGCUGCACACUGCCCUCUCUAGGUUAUACAGUGUGUAAGAGUCACUGCCCUCUCUAGGUUAUACAGUGAGUGAGAGUCGCUGCACACUGCGCUCUCUAGGUUAUACAGUGUGUGAGAGUCACUGCACACUGCCCUCUCUAGGUUAUACAGUGUGUGAGAGUCGCUGCACACUGCCCUCUCUAGGUUAUACAGUGUGUAAGAGUCACUGCCCUCUCUAGGUUAUACAGUGUGUGAGAGUCGCUGCACACUGCGCUCUCUAGGUUAUACAGUGUGUGUGAGUCACUGCACACGUCCCUCUCUAGGUUAUACAGUGUGUGAGAGUUGCUGCACACCGCCCUCUCUAGGUUAUACAGUGUGUGAGAGUCACUGCACACUGCCCUCUCUAGGUUAUACAGUUGUGAGAGUCACUGCACACUGCCCUCUCUAGGUUAUACAUUGUGUGAGAGUCGCUGCACACUGCCCUCUCUAGGUUAUACAGUGUGUGAGUCGCUGCACACGUCCCUCUCUAGGUUAUACAGUGUGUGAGAGUCGCUGCACACGUCCCUCUCUAGGUUAUACAGUGUGUGAGAGUCGCUGCACACUGCCCUCUCUAGGUUAUACAGUGUGUGAGAGUCGCUGCACACUGCCCUCUCUAGGUUAUACAGUGUGUGAGAGUCGCUGCACACUGCCCUCUCUAUGUUAUACAGUGUGUGAGAGUCACUGCACACUGCCCUCUCUAGGUUAUACAGUGUGUGAGAGUCGCUGCACACGUCCCUCUCUAGGUUAUACAGUGUGUGAGAGUCGCUGCACACGUCCCUCUCUAGGUUAUACAGUGUGUGAGAGUCGCUGCACACGUCCCUUUCUAGGUUAUACAGUGUGUGAGAGUCGCUGCACACGUCCCUCUCUAGGUUAUACAGUGUGUGAGAGUCACUGCCCUCUCUAGGUUAUACAGUGUGUGAGAGUCGCUGCACACUGCGCUCUCUAGGUUAUACAGUGUGUGUGAGUCACUGCACACGUCCCUCUCUAGGUUAUACAGUGUGUGAGAGUGGCUGCACACCGCCCUCUCUAGGUUAUACAGUGUGUGAGAGUCACUGCACACUGCCCUCUCUAGGUUAUACAGUUGUGAGAGUCACUGCACACUGCCCUCUCUAGGUUAUACAUUGUGUGAGAGUCGCUGCACACUGCCCUCUCUAGGUUAUACAGUGUGUGAGAGUCGCUGCACACGUCCCUCUCUAGGUUAUACAGUGUGUGAGAGUCGCUGCACACGCCCUUCUAGGUUAUACAGUGUGUGAGAGUCGCUGCACACUGCCCUCUCUAGGUUAUACAGUGUGUGAGAGUCGCUGCACACUGCCCUUUCUAGGUUAUACAGUGUGUGAGAGUCGCUGCACACUGCCCUCUCUAGGUUAUACAGUGUGUGAGAGUCGCUGCACACUGCCCUCUCUAGGUUAUACAGUGUGUGAGAGUCGCUGCACACUGCCCUCUCUAGGUUAUACAGUGUGUAAGAGUCACUGCCCUCUCUAGGUUAUACAGUGUGUGAGAGUCGCUGCACACUGCGCUCUCUAGGUUAUACAGUGUGUGUGAGUCACUGCACACGUCCAUCUCUAGGUUAUACAGUGUGUGAGAGUGGCUGCACACCGCCCUCUCUAGGUUAUACAGUGUGUGAGAGUCACUGCACACUGCCCUCUCUAGGUUAUACAGUUGUGAGAGUCACUGCACACUGCCCUCUCUAGGUUAUACAGUGUGUGAGAGUCGCUGCACACUGCCCUCUCUAGGUUAUACAGUGUGUGAGAGUGCACACUGCCCUCUCUAUGUUAUACAGUGUGUGAGAGUCACUGCACACUGCCCUCUCUAGGUUAUACAGUGUGUGAGAGUCGCUGCACACUGCCCUCUCUAGGUUAUACAGUGUGUGAGAGUCGCUGCACACUGCCCUCUCUAGGUUAUACAGUGUGUGAGAGUCGCUGCACACUGCCCUCUCUAGGUUAUACAGUGUGUAAGAGUCACUGCCCUCUCUAGGUUAUACAGUGUGUGAGAGUUGCUGCACACUGCCCUCUCUAGGUUAUACAGUGUGUGAGAGUGGCUGCACACCACCCUCUCUAGGUUAUACAGUGUGUGAGGGUGGCUGCACACCACCCUCUCUAGGUUAUACAGUGUGUGAGAGUGGCUGCACACCACCCUCUCUAGGUUAUACAGUGUGUGAGUCGCUGCACACUGCCCUCUCUAGUUUAUACAGUGUGUGAGAGUCGCUGCACACUGCCCUCUCUAGGUUAUACAUUGUGUGAGAGUCGCUGCACACUGCCCUCUCUGGGUUAUACAUUGUGUGAGAGUCGCUGCACACUGCCCUCCCUAUGUUAUACAGUGUGUGAGAGUCACUGCACACUGCCCUCUCUAGGUUAUACAGUGUGUGAGAGUCACUGCACAUCUCUUAUACCAUAACCAAUUCAUGGAACAUACAUGGCGUUAUGGGGUUUGUAAUGUCCUUUUAGGCAGCGCUGCCCCCACCCUGUGAAUGCGCCCUAUUGUCCUCUCUUGCUGCUCACACGAUGACCUCAUUCCACUCACUGAGAACCAGAGGCUGAGAUGUAAUUAGGCAUAAUUUUUACUGCAUUGCCAUGAAUAAGAAGGGGAUAAAGGACAAGAAUUCAAUUAAUCUUCAAAAAGUAAAACAUUUUAGAAAAUGUCCGUUAAAGCCUCGGGGUUUCAUGGAUCGUGUUUAGCCAUUAUCCAAUGCCACUGGACAAUCACUAGUCAAUGUGAAUGACUUGCAAAAUGCGUUGGCAGAUGGAAUUAUUAUAACUGGUAUUAAUGGGUUUUAAUUAUACACUAUAACUGGUAUUAAUAUGAAGAGAUCUCUGUUUUUUGGACUAAUGACUAUAAAUAAUUAUUUGGGGGUGGGGGAUAUAUACCAGCCCUCUGGCACUACGUCUUUUAGGAUGAGUGUACUGGUGAAGGCGGCUAUGCUUGGCACAGACUGGCCCUGAUAUAGAAUAGCUCAGCUAGAUUCAGUCUCCGUGCAUGUAGCGGUUUCUAUUCCAAGCACCAGGCUCAUGGACAGCUGUGGUUUGGGAGAGAUGGUGAUGUCUAUCACUAUAAAGUUGAGAUUUUAGAUGACAGUGGAACCUCAGGAAACUUUACCUUAAUCCGUUGCAGAAGGCUGUGCAAGUUCCAAUUUGUUCGAAAGCCGAAUCAACAUUUCCUAUAAGAAUUAAUGUAAAUUUUAUGAAUCAGUUCCAGACCAUCAAAACUACGGCAUUUUAGCACAAUUUUACAGUUUAAUAAUGCCUUACAUGCAUAUAAUCAUAUAGGAAAAAAAUAAUAAACAGUAAAUGAAAUGAAAAUGUAACUUCACUUUACCUGUAAUGAUGAGAGGUGAUGGCGUUAGUGGAGAAGAGAUAUUAUUGGUUGGAUGGGGAUAGGUAACGGUUCUUCUGGCAUUUAAAAUGUGUCUAAAGGGAGACAUAGCUUUAUAAUUGAACAUGUUUGUGGCAUGAUUUGUUCGGGUACUGAGGAUCGUUCGUGUACCAAGACUUUUUUUUCUCAAAUUUUUUGUUCGACUACCAAAUUGUUUAGGUAAGGGACCGUUUUUAUUCUGAGGUUCCACUGAAUUUUAUUAGCAGUUUGAUACUUCCAAGAACUCCCAGUGUCAGGAUAGAGUAUGGACAUGCAGAACUGGGCAGUUGCGUAUUACCAGUCCUUCGAGUGAUCGGGAUUGUACGCUAUAAGUUGAAUAUGCAUGAGCAGUGCAACAGGGCGCAGAGGGAUGGUGUCAGUCAUAAUGCCAAUAUAACGCAAAGUCAGGCAUUGCGCAAUGUGGUGACACGAGGUAGGAGGAGCCCCUGCAGGUACUGUGACACAUCCCUCAUGUAAAAAACCUGCUCACCAUAUUGCUAAUGUAAAAACUACACUUCUCCAUUGGAAAUGUCAAUUAUGUUCAAAUUGGAAAGCAUUUCCUGGCUGAAACCAUCAGGUAUGGACAAAACUGACAUUGCAAAUGCUACAUUAUAGAUGUGGUGAGUGAGGGUCUAAGCCGUGGCCCCUAGAUUUGUGUCUAAGCGAGCAUAACACGGAACAAGGGAUGGUAUCAAUAGCUACAACCAUAACCACUAGCACACAUCAUUUUGUCCAAAUCUGGGCAGAAUUGAUUUGCUGACUCAAUUGGAUUAAUUUGUCGCUAUAUAACUUCCAUAUUCACAAUAUGUUGAGGGAGGCGCCAAGCCCAGGAGCCUGGGGGAUCUUUGGUUUGUGGCAAAUCUCUGGACAACAGUUUCACAGAGCAGCGAGGGAAGGUGCUGUGGUGGUUAUGGUGGUUAGAGCUUCCCAUUGAGGUCUCAGCAACACUGUGUACAUCUGUCAUGAAAUCCAGUAACAGGGAAUUAUGGGAAUAGUAUGGCUGUCUAUUUUUCCCACAUGCCUCUGUUUAGAGAAAAAUGAGAGGCGCUUUUUUAAAUUUAACUAAUAUUUUUUCUUGCAAAAAAACCCCAAAACAUCUAGCAUCACGCAAAGAAAAAAUAAUCUGGUUGUUCUAUGCUUGGUAUGUUCCCUUAAAGAAUAUUGUUGCUAUUUCCCUUUAAGAAUAAAUGUUCGCAAUGGGCUGUGCGUGACACACUUUCCUGGAAUCCUCGCACAGUGAAUUGCGUACAUUUUUGAAGACAGUUCAUGGACGGUGAUCACUCGCAUCCUGGCUCUGCUCCCUCUGUGCUGAUCAGUUCUUGGCAAACUCAGACUUUCAGUAACAAUAUAUUUGUCUCUGAUAAGAACUCUUACUGUCCUUCAUGUUUUAUUAUAAUUCGCAACAUUAAAAUAUUGGGUGAUUUAUGAGUAGCGUGUCUUGGUGGAGAGUAUCUGUCCAAGGAACCCAAAACAGGGAUUUGAUGAACCCUUUACACCCUGAUCUAUGUGAUAUUUCUUGUUUUAUACACCAGCAGGUUCUGUAUAUGCUUGCGUGGCCUCUGCUUAUCGGGGGUUUAAUACAAUAUUCUUAUUCUGAAAGAUCAGCAAAUAGCCAGUGUGGGGACCCUGAUGGAGUGAGACAAAUAUUAUAAACCUAUAUUGCAGGCAGAUGGGAGAAGAAUGGGUUCAUUGUUUCCCGAGCUAAACAUUACAAUAUUAACAAAAAAACAUAUUUUGUGGCAAAUUAGCCCAGUAAUCCAUAUAGCCAAGCCAUUACCUAAAAACAUUGACCUGCUUCCAGAUUGUGUUUUCUACUCAGAACAUGUCUGUCUGGGUGUGAGGGGUGUAGUGUGUGUGUGUGUGUGUGUGUGAAGGGUGCAUAGGAUCUAUGCUGUGUGUAGCAUCUUCUUACCUUUCCCCAGGGAGAGGGGACAUAAUGCUAGAAGCCCUGGUGGUCCAGUGGUGGCUGUAGGCCGACUCUUCUGUCCUCCUGCGAGCACAGCACUGUGUCGGAGUGUUGCCAUGGUAAUGAGCGGCAACUCUCUGACCAGCCUGCUCAUAGGAGGAACACAGGCCCCUUUCUCCCUCUGCUGGAACUAAGUGCCAGCGGGCCGGUAAGGGAGACCUUUGAUCACUUCACCAGCCCGAGAGGGCUUACAACAAGGCUGUCUCUGCAUAGGCCAGCAGGGGAGAAACCUACCACCGCCCACCUGAAAUCCCAAACCGGGCGGUAGGGACCAGGUUGACUACCCCUGAUCUAUACAAUACACGGCACAGACUAGUAACGCCAGUGCAAAGAUUAAAGAAAGGAUUCCCAUACCCACACCACCCAUAUUCAUUAUUCAUUAUCAUGUUCUGUCCUGAUUAUAAAUAUCUUGAAAAGGAUCAUAUCACACCCGUUACACCUACGGAUGAGCAGAGUUCUUAUCAUUAAUUCUGUGCUAGCUGCACCACUUACAGCUCCUGGCAAUGCAGAACACACCAGGCUAUCAUGUCAUAUCACGAUGCCGACACUGUAUGUUUGGCAACCUGUUAGGAACCGACCUAUCUCGCUCUCACUUGACAUAGGGAUUGUGUGCAUACUCUGGGAACCCAUCACGUGAUGUACAGCCAGCAGAGACGCACACGGUGCCCGUAUGUGAGAUGUCAGCCCUGGAUUAGCUGGAGAACCAGAACCAGAACACAAUGGUGUUUUUGGAUUUGGAAAGUGUAAAUCUUUCCUCCCUGGUAGCAUGCCCGGGAUCAUGAAAAGAAGAAUUUUCCUUCCUUUUUAAAGUGUAUAUUUCACCGUGGCUCGGAUAACUAUCACUGCUGCAUUAUACAAUGAAUAAACCCUGUCAUGCCAGGCUGGGAUCGAUCGUCUAAUACCCAGCGUGCUAUAGCUGGCAUCGCUUAUAGCUCCUGGCAAAUCCUAACACGCCAGGCUAUCAUAGGUCAACCAUCACUGCUGUAUUAAAACGAUGAAUAAACCCAGUCAUGUCGGGCUGGGAUUGUUUAAUUCCUUAUCAUAUCUCACAUCAAGGACACAGACUGAAUUCACAGCAGGCCACAGUCUGACCCAGAAUGCCUUGCUUAGGUACACGGCCUCUGACACGGGCUCUAAUAACACACGCUGCAUAGAGCUAUUAAAAGGAAGUAUAGAGUGUCUCUAACACGUGGCUCUCACAGUAAACAAAACACAGCUGCUGCCCCGAAGAUUUCCCCUCUCCAAAUAGCCUUCACGCCUGCUCAGCAACUAUCACUUCCUCCACUACCCAUAACACAGGAUGCACCACUUCAGCCAGUGGCGUACACACAACCCAUGGGGCCCCGGUGCGAAAACUGAUCCGUGGCCCCCCCGUGCGCGCGCUUACUCUGAGCGGGCUGGGGCCACAACACAUGGCGGCGGGCACCUGGUUGCAGGGCUGCGACCGCGGUAUGUAGGCCAGUGCAUGCAUUAACACAUACACUUAAAGGACCACUACAGACACCAAGAUCACAUCAGCUCAAUGAAGUGGUCUGGGUGCCAGGUCUCUCUAGUUUUAACCCUGCAGCUGAAAACAUUUGAACCCUUACAUUAAACCCUAAGUGUCCCGUGUGCCUAAGCUUAGUGAAUGCACUAACUAUAAUGAAAGUGUAAAACUAAUUUUACUUACCUUCCAGGACCUUGCUGUGGAGGAGUAGCAGAAGUGCUAGCACGCAUGUGCGGCACAGGAUCCAGCUGAUUUCCCUCACCAGAAGUGAUGAGGGUGGGGGAUUUUCACGGGUAGGGAAAUUUGAUAGAACACCGGCGCCGGAAUAUGAUGUCAUUUUCUGGCUCCGGUAUCAGUGCGGUGCACGAGGGAGCUGAAGAGGAAGCAGUGGCCGGCUCCUGGGCCCCCCAGGAGAAGAGGCUGGCCCAGUGGGUAGAUACCGUGUCGCAGGGCGGCCGGGCCCCCGGUAUGCAGAGAGCGCGGGGGGAGGGUCACUAAAUAAAGCAGUCACUAUAUAGCUAUAGAAAGCAACUAACCCAUGUUUCUAGGAGAAUUCCAGGAAAUACGAGCCCUAGGACAAUAGACUUCCUGGCUUGAUGUCAUGAUACCCGAAUAAUCUCUAUUGUGAUCCGUGAGGAUACUGUGACAGUUACUGCAGGAGGUCUGCGUUCUCCAAUUUACCCCAUGCAGUCACUAUAAAAGUUGUUUUGGUGCCUAUAGCGUCUGUUUAAUGUAAACAUUCCAAAUCCAGAUUCUUUCCGUAGAUAAGUCACUGGCCAUUAGAUGCAUUAAAGUAUGGGAGGAAGGGGGCAAAAGAGGCCCGGAACAAAGGAACAGACUGACUCAUUACAUAUGGAUGAAGUAAAGAAAUGCAUGAAACCAGCACACUUAUAUAAAUAUAUAUCCUGAAAGCAGGCAAUGCACAGUCUGUGAUCUUACUGAAAAUCAAACAGACGAGAUUUCUUGGCUCCUUGAGUUCGCGCAGCAUGUCCCUCAGAUCGAGGGCCCCCUCAUUGCGCAUUCUGAUAUCACCCGAGAGGCACAGCUACAUGACCAUAGACCCCGUGCUCCAUUUUACGUGGUUAGAGGGAAGAGAUUGGACGUUAAAAUAACGUUAGUGGUGUCUGAGCCGCCAUGAUAGCUGAGCACCCGUAGGUUAGGUGAGCAAUGGGGAGUUAGACCAGGAAAGAUGGACAUUCUCUCCAACUCACAGUAACCUACAGUAACAAUGUCUCAUUGGACAGAUCACCAACAAAACGUGAUAACAGAUGAAUUACCAAUAUUAACCAACCCUGCGUCUAUGGUCAGUCUCCAUGCUGUCCAUUGUUACACCACCACACUACCAUUGGCAAAUAUAUAUAUAUUUAAGUGUUCCUCAUGUGCUCCGUAUAUAUUUAGCAAUUAUUACUGUACAAUAAUUUAUAAAAUAUCUAUAAAAAUAUAACGUGGAUAUAAAAAGAGGAUGGCAUUAAUCACGUUUGGGAUCCCUUUGUAAGAAAUAAUUAUAAUGGCACGCUAGCUCGGAGCGAUUUAAUGGAAUAAAUAAUUAAUAAUUGCGCUGCUUUAGAAAGUCCCUUUAAAUAAUUUAUUAUAAGGCUGAGCCGUUAUGUCAAUAUGCAACAAAUAUUUAUUCAGGCUGUUAAGAGAACCUAUCAUAUAGGUAAAUAUAGACUCACGUUGUUGUGCAUUUUAACUUUUUCCAGUAAAUGUAUAGAUAAAAAGAUACAUUUUCCAAAAGAUUAUUCACUCCGCCCCCGAGGUGUCCACACUUUGACGGAGGCAGACAAGGAUUCAGGAUUUAAUGGUGACAGAAGGAGAUGGGUCGGCUAUGUUGCCAUCUAAUCUUUUAUAUAAAUAUAUAUCUGUAUUAUAUAUAGAUACUUUGUAGCCUGAUAUAGCGCCCUUCCAAUUUUCCACCUACCUUUAUGAACCUCGUCUAGUCCUUGUCCCAUAAGAUAGGUCAAUCAGCCUUAAGGAAAAAUUCCUGUAACUUCCUUUAACUGGAGUCCAACUCGUAUUAUUUUAAUUAUAUAGCACUAACACAUUCUGCAGCGCUGUAAAUAUUGAGUAAAGGAUAUAAGAAUACUUUGAUCUGACUCAGUAGGUUUGGAUUUUCUUUAUAAAGUAAUUAAUUUCAAGUGAUUCAUUAGUGUAAUAAAUAUUUCUAGAACUGGUUUACUACGCUUACAUCAUUUUAGCACUUUACAGCGUUUCACUGCUUUGCCAUAAAUCAUUUUCGCUCCCAGCCAUUAAACGGCCCUGUACAUCAUCCACACGCAAUAAAUGGAUUAUGUGCUACCACAGUCUAUUGACUUCAAGGAAUCCUUCCAGUAUUGUCUUUAUACACUGAGCUAAUCAAUAAACUCACCACUGGCAUUACAUGUUAUACUGAGUCAUUAACACUCUGCACUAAUUAGUAUAUUUAUAAUGUGUAUAAAUCUAUGGUAUGGAAUAGAGGGAUGUUAGAGUACAGAAAUAAGUAGUGCAGGGGUGUAGGAAUUGGGUGUGUUGGGGUAAAGAUAAAAAGAGUGGGGAUCCGGAGUGUACAGGAGUGUAGGGAUCAGGAAUGUGGGGUGUAGGAUUUAGGGGUAAGUGAAUCAGGAGUGUUGGGUUACUGAAAUCAGGAGUGUUGGGUUACGGAAAUCAGGACUGUUGGGGUAAGUGAAUCAGAAGUGUUGGGCUACAGAAAUCAGGAGUGUUGGGCUACGGAAAUCAGGAGUUUUGGGGAAAGGAAAUCAGGAGUAUUGAGCUACGGAAAUCAGGAGUGUUGGGGUAAGGAAAUCAGGAGGGUUGGGGUAAGGAAAUCAGGAGUGUUGGGCUACGGAAAUCAGGAGUUUUGGGGUUAGGAAAUCAGGAGUGUUGGGUUACGGAAAUCAGGACUGUUGGGGUACGGAAAUCAGGAGUGUUGGGGUAAGUGAAUCAGGAGUGUUGGGCUACAGAAAUCAGAAGUGUUGGGCUACGGAAAUCAGGAGUAUUGAGCUACGGAAAUCAGGAGUGUUGGGGUAAGGAAAUCAGGAGGGUUGGGGUAAGGAAAUCAGGAGUUUUGGGGUUAGGAAAUCAGGAGUGUUGGGCUACGGAAAUCAGGGUGUUGGGCUACGGAAAUCAGGAGUGUUGGGGUAAGUGAAUCAGGACUGUAGGGGUAAGUGAAUCAGGAGUGUUGGGUUACGGAAAUCAGGAGUGUGUGGGGGUAAGUGAAUCGUGAAUCAGGAGUGUUGGGGUAAGUGAAUCAGGAGUGUUGGGCUACAGAAAUCAGGAGUGUUGGGCUACGGAAAUCAGGAGUAUUGAGCUACGGAAAUCAGGAGUGUUGGGGUAAGGAAAUCAGGAGGGUUGGGGUAAGGAAAUCAGGAGUUUUGGGGUUAGGAAAUCAGGAGUGUUGGGCUACGGAAAUCAGGAGUGUUGGGGUAACUGAAUCAGGAGAGUUGGGGAAAGGAAAUCAGGAGUGUUGGGGUAAGUGAAUCAGAAGUGUUGGGUUACAAAAAACAGGACUGUUGGGGUAUGGAAAUCAGGAGUUUAGGGGUAAGUGAAUCAGAAGUGUAGGGGUAAGUGAAUCAGGAGUGUAGGGCUACGGAAAUCAGGAGUGGUGGGCUACAGAAAUCAGGAGUGUUGGGAUACGGAAAUCAGGAGUGUUGGAGAAAGGAAAUCAGGAGUUGUGACGAGACCAAUCUCGCCACAUUGCAUUGGAGAAGCCUGGUUGCUCGUCUGUUGCCUUUGGAUUAUGGCCCCAUGUUAAAAGACUUCUUUUCCCCUGCAGAAAAGGCUUAUUCGUGCCUUUCUGUCCGGCGGUUGGUAGAUUCAAUCUACCGAACUAACGCACAAAUGACUGGACCACCUGGGAGCUGGAGUGUGUCGGCAAUUAACCUCCCAGAAGCUGCGGUUAACCGCAGCUUAAUUGACGAAUGCUGGGUGGCCGCCAUUCGUAUACUGAACACGAGAUCGCGGCCAUUUUAAACACGGGAACACACAGCGGUGUUCGACGCCUAACUCAUGGAACUGAAUACACCAUACCCCAUAUAGGAAUCCCGUGGAGCUCAUUCGUAUGAAAACUGACUUUGUGAACACUUUGGCUCCACGGCGAUUGGACUGUGUGCAUAGGAUCUGAGCGUUAUUCGGUACUUUGGUGCGCUCAGAUCCUAGCUAUCUGGGGACAUGUUGAAUGCCUGUAAAAUGUUGUAAAAUGUAUCAGUUAUGUAUUUUUAUGUCUUUUUGUUAUUGUCAUCUAAAAUGGCGUUUAGGCUCUGUCCUGGGAGAUAAUUGAAUUACUUCACAAUUAUCUCCCUGAGCAGAGCAGAGGGUUCUGGGUAAGAAAGGGGAAUGGCUAAGUGUGUACCCUGUGAUUGGUUGCUACAAUGUCUUUGUCACAGUCUUCCAUCUGGUCCCCUAGGGGAGUGUCCACCAGGUGGAAGACCUGCAUAAAUACCGGGCAGGUAGCCCUCAUUAAACAGACCACUGCUUGACCCUCAACACGGAGCCUUGUCUCGUCUUUGGGGGGAUUUACUGUAUGCUUAUAGAGACUGAUUGCUAGGACUGUAAGCCGCUUGGGUGCCUUUCCUAUUCGUCUGCUAGCGGAAGGUUCCAGGUUCGUGAGGUUCCAGUUCGGGAGUUUGGAGUGCUAUUUUGUAUCCAGUUCGGGAGUUUGGAGCAUUCCCUUAUAUGCGGUUCGGGAGUUUGGUGUUUUGCAGUAGCUGUGUCUGUAUCUCUGGAAGGGGAAAAUCGACUAAACGGCGGUUUAACCCUUUUAUGCUGAGGGUGCCGUUACAGGAGUGUUAGGGAAAGGAAAUCAGGUUGUGUAAGUGAAUCAUGAGUAUUGGAGUAAAAUUAUUAGGAGAGUUGUGUGUAGAGAAUCAUAGAUGUCAGGGUUAGGGAAUCAGGAGUCCUGUCAAAUAAGUGGGUUCUGGAAAGCUGCCACUUUUUUUCCAGCAUUAAAGAUGGAUGUGAGAAUGGGUUUAAAACUUAAGGUCAAGGAUCAUGGGAGCUUUAGUUCUAUAAUAGCUAAAUUUCAGUCUUGGUUGAAAAUGUGAAUAUUCCAUUUAUCUAUCAAUCUGAGCCACGUUAAAUGGAAAUAAAGUGAAUUACAUUUAUACACCAUGAAUAGAGAAUCAGAUAAAGGCCAUCAGUGGAUUAUCUACCCUCAAAUCCAUCUUCUAAGGACUUCCACCAAUGUCAUGGCUGGGACUCUGUCAUUAGGCCCGAGUGGCCUCUGUUGCUAUGACAACCAGACACUGAAUCAAUAACUGCAUGCAGAGGGUGGGAAGAGAAAGGGAGGGCGGUGAGGCAAUGCUUUUACUGGUGGUCAUGAAACAAAGUGAUAUCAUUAAUGUUCCCGGCCCAGCUCGUCACUAAUGAUUAAAUUAUCCAUCUAUUAUUGGAAGCCCUGUCUUAUGCCUGGAGAGAGGGCACAGACCAUGAUAGAGUGACUGCAUAAUAUGACGUGUUAGUAAAUAUCAGAGGUUUUCAUCUCUCAGGCAUCGCUAGCUCACACGACAUUGUCUACUGACCACAUUCCACGUAUAGUGUGAAAAGCGUGGGUUAUUGACCUCUUUAAAUGAUAAUCACUAUUGAGGAACCUCUCAGACAGGUCAGCCUGCCCUGCGAAUCUCUGUAUACAAACUAUGCGGAGACGUAGAGAACGUGAGAAUCGUUUAGUAGAGUGCCCAUUUUUUUGUAUCAUUGUGCCACGUGUUCAUUCUCACUGCCCCACACUAUGCAGCUUUCUCCUGACGGCCUUAUUAGUUGGAGAACAUCACGCGUGGCCUAACGUGUCCCACAAGUGUGCCCCAGCCACCACGUCUCACAAUGUAUAACAAUAGUGAUACAUUACCAUAGUGGGCAAAAUUUACACAACGUUACAAACACCUCCACACAUCUGGAUCGGAAAUGUUGGGGACUCGGCGCCUAUAGGAUGGCCGUUAGCAGACCCAAUAAAACAUGCAUCCACAGGGAAUGUAGAAGUAACUACCUUUUAUUGUUUAUUCUGUCUACGUGCUAUUCAUAUACUACAUGAAAAAAAGGUCAUAUCUUGUCUCCUACGAAAAGCUGCCAAUAAUGUGAGUUUAGAACAUGUAUGAAUCCUAUCUGUUUUCUGUGGAAUAAAAUAAGCUUCCAAUGCCUUCCAUUCCCAGCUCUGUCUUGAAUCACCUGAACAUUAAAGGGCUUAUUAAUUAAUUAAUGAAUCCAGCCAUGGUAGGAACAACUAUUAAACUGAAAGAAAAACAGGGCGUUCUUACUGCGGAGGAAAACAGAUUUACUCUAUUUAUAGUCAAUAGAAGAGAUGGGCAAUUGCCCCUCGGGGAAGCAGCGCUGUGCGUCGGCUGAAAUGUCACUGUUUAACCCUUUAACCCUGCAGGGGGAGGGGGCACCAGAGAUGGACGGCAUGUUUCCAAGAAAUGAAUCAUACUUAUAUAGGAAAAGGUAUAGUUCAUCUAAAAUGAUAGCGUGCUUUACAUCAGCAACAACUAACCCUGGCACUCCAGAUGUUUCUGGACAACAAUUCCCAGGGUGCUCAAGCGGCCUCAAUGGCAGACAGAAGUCAUGUGACCCUUGGCAUUAGUUUCCAAAUAUGUCAUUGUUCCCUGAUCUGGCCCCAAAGCUGAGUUACCGGGGUUUAUAUUUCAGUUAUAUUUAAACAGGAAUUUUUCUUUAGUUCGUUUAAUUUUAAUGUUUUCCUUUUAAAUGUUAAGGAACAGCAUUAACCCAGUAUAGUAAUGUAGAGCAAAUCUUACAGUGCGGGAUCAACUAGACCCAUAAAUUAUCUGAUCACCAGAAUUAAUGAUUUCGUAAAGCGUUUUAUGUAUUCUGACAUUAGACAGUUUACUAAUCUCACUAAUUGUCAUGCUCACGUUGCAUUGUGGACACGAGGAGUACACAGGAUGGUGACAUGAUAUGCAGGCCUGACCUUACACAGCGGGCCCAGGAAUGGAUUAACCUAAUCUGAUAAAUGUCACUAUUGUGCCUGACGUCCCCCUGAGAGCACAGAUUGGGGUGGGGGGUGUGAAGAUGAGAGGGGAAGUCAUUGGUGUGAUGUAAUCUCUCUCUUCUCCUCACUUUUAACACUUUCACAACUGGAAGGGGAGACAUUGAGGCAUAACUCUCAUAAAAAAGGGUUACAGAAGUCCCAUUAGCACUACUGCCGGGAUGGGAAAUGUUAAUUCUGAACAUAUUGGGCAUUGUAGCAACAUACAACCAAUUGCGGCACAACACCUCUCUGUGUGUCGCUCAGAUCUCCUCACAUGAGGUGUGCCUCCUAAUUCUCCAUUUUCCUGUGUGGAUUUGGAAUCAAGACCGGAUUCUUUGUGGGUUGAGAACCCCACUCCUCUACUAUAGGUACUGUAACGUGAAUAGAAAUUUGUGGAAACUGUAAACCCUAUAACUGUGACUGGAACUGAAUCUAGAGACUGGAAACCCUAUAACUGUGACUGGAACUGAAUCUAGAGACUGGAAACCCUAUAACUGUGACUGGAACUGAAUCUAGAGACUGUAAACCCUAUAACUGGAACUGGAACUGAAUCUAGAGACUAAAAUCCCUGUAACCAUUACUGGAACUGAAUCUAGAGACUGGAAACCCUAUAACUGUGACUGGAACUGAAUCUAGAGACUGUAAACCCUAUAACUGGAACUGGAACUGAAUCUAGAGACCGAAAACCCUGGAACUGAAUCUAGAGACUAAAAUCCCUGUAACCAUGACUGGAACUGAAUCUAAAGACUGGAAACCCUAUAACUGUGACUGGAGCUGAAUCUAGAGACCGAAAACCCUGGAACUGAAUCUAGAGACUAAAAUCCCUGUAACCAUGACUGGAACUGAAGCUAGAGACUGGAAACCCUAUAACUGUGACUGGAGCUGAAUCUAGAGACCAAAAACCCUGUAACUGUGACUGGAGCUGAAUCUAGAGACCAAAAACCCUGUAACUGUGACAGGAGCUGAAUCUAGAGACUGAAAACCCUGGAACUGUGACUGGAGCUGAAUCUAGAGACUGGAAACCCUGGAACUGUGACUGGAGCUGAAUCUAGAGACUGGAAACCCUGGAACUGUGACUGGAGCUGAAUCUAGAGACUGGAAACACUGGAACUGGAACUUAAUCUAGAGACCAAAAACCCUAUAACUGUGAAUGGAACUGAAUCUAGAGACUGGAAACCCUACAACUGUGACUGGAACUGAAUCUAGAGACUAAAAUCCCUGUAAACGUGACUGGAACUGAAUCUAGAGACUGGAAACCCUGUAACUGUGACUGGAACUUAAUCUAGAGACCGAAAACCCUAUAACUGUGACUGGUGCUGAAUCUAGAGACUAAAAUCCCUGUGACUGGAACAGAAUCUACAGACUGCAAGCUCUGUAACUGUGACUGGAACUGAAUCUAGAGACCGAAAACCCUGGAACCGUGACUGGAACUGAAUCUAGAGACUGGAAACUCUGUGACUGGAACAGAAUCUACAGACUGGAAACCCUAUCACUGUGACUGGAACUGAAUCUGAGAUUUCGGUAACUAGUCUAGAACCAACACUGAAUCUGGAGUCUGUGAAUUCUGUAACUAGAACUAACACUGAAUCUGGAUUCUGUGAAUUCUGUAACUAGAACCAACACUGAAUCUGGAUUCUGUGAAUUCUGUAACUAGAACCAACACUGAAUCUGGAGUCUGUGAAUUCUGUAACUAGAACCAACACUGAAUCUGGAGUCUGUGAAUUCUGUAACUAGAACUAACACUGAAUCUGGAGUCUGUGAAUUCUGUAACUAGAACUAACACUGAAUCUGGAGUCUGUGAAUUCUGUAACUAGAACUAACACUGAAUCUGGAGUCUGUGAAUUCUGUAACUAGAACUAACACUGAAUCUGGAGUCUGUGAAUUCUGUAACUAGAACCAACACUGAAUCUGGAGUCUGUGAAUUCUGUAACUAGAACCAACACUGAAUCUGGAGUCUGUGAAUUCUGUAACUAGAACCAACACUGAAUCUGGAGUCUGUGAAUUCUGUAACUAGAACCAACACUGAAUCUGGAGUUUGUGAAUUCUGUAACUAGAACUAACACUGAAUCUGGAGUCUGUGAAUUCUGUAACUAGAACUAACACUGAAUCUGGAGUCUGUGAAUUCUGUAACUAGAACUAACACUGAAUCUGGAGUUUGUGAAUUCUGUAACUAGAACUAACACUGAAUCUGGAGUCUGUGAAUUCUGUAACUAGAACCAACACUGAAUCUGGAGUCUGUGAAUUCUGUAACUAGAACUAACACUGAAUCUGGAGUCUGUGAAUUCUGUAACUAGAACCAACACUGAAUCUGGAGUUUGUGAAUUCUGUAACUAGAACUAACACUGAAUCUGGAGUCUGUGAAUUCUGUAACUAGAACCAACACUGAAUCUGGAUUCUGUGAAUUCUGUAACUGAACUAACACUGAAUCUGGAUUCUUGCUACCAUGUGGAUGAGGUUCCCUUUGUGUGUGAUUUAUGAACGUGGUCUUUCAGUUCCAUCGUUCGUUAAUCGUAGUAUUUCCUGCAAUCUGUGAUGACUAAUCCUGCAAGGAUCUGAUAAAGCCACUUGUCAGAGAGACAGUUUAUUUCAGUAAUGGCCAUUAACAAUAAAUUACUAUUCGUCUCAUCACUCGAUUCAUUGUUACUGAGCACAAAGCCAGUCCUGUCCUCUCAUGUCCUUUAAUGAUCUCACCAAGUUAUUUUCAACGUGGGCACCGCAGCAAGAUGGCACCAGGCUGGCACCUCAAUGUAUGAUUUCACAGAGUGAACAAAUACAAAAAGAAACAAAAUAUCUCUGAAAGGGCCGUUUGCUGCAAAUCUUCAGAAUUCUGCCGCCUCUGCGCUGCUCUCUACCAGCCAAUCCUGGCGCUCCCAGUAAUAUUUGUGGGAACACUGCGGGUAUCCCUGAAUUUGGGGAGCUUCAGAGAUUAUUACUUCAGCUAUUGGCUUUCUGAUAAACGUGGUCCAGUUUGUAGAUAUUAGUAGCCAUUCGUGGACAUCCGACAUCUGGUUUGCCCUGCUGACAGUUUGUACUAUUUUUAGCAAAACUAAAAGGAAAAUCGUCAGCAGUUUGUAUUAUUAUUUAAAAUUAUUAUUAAGAUUACACGUAAUAUAGCCUCGGUGUAUUAUUAUUAUUAUUUAAUAUUACACGUAAUAUAGCCUCGGUGUAUUAUUAUUAUUAUUAUUUAAUAUUACACGUAAUAUAGCCUCUGUGUAUUAUUAUUAUUAUUAUUUAAUAUUACACGUAAUAUAGCCUCGGUGUAUUAUUAUUAUUAUUUAAUAUUACACGUAAUAUAGCCUCUGUGUAUUAUUAUUAUUAUUAUUUAAUAUUACACGUAAUAUAGCCUCUGUGUAUUAUUAUAAUAACAUAUAACUUGAAACCUAUUUGUAGUGCAUCUUCUGAUUUAUCGUAAAGAAAUAGGAAAAACGGGUCUCCUAGGCAGUGGUUCCCAACCCAGUCCUCCAGUACCCCCACACAGUCCAGGAUUCAAGGAUUAGAAAAACAAACACUUUAGACACAACUGGGUAAUCCCUAAAUCCUGGUCUGGUAGGGGGUAUUAGAGGAUUGGGUUGGGAUCCCCUGUCCUAGGGGGAUACAGUUCCAACAAUAGGGCCUAACCCUGAAUAAUCUUACCAACAAGACAGUCCCCAACUACAUAGAGUUAGGAAUUUAGAUGUAGAAAAUCCCUUAAAAAUGACACAUAGAAACAUAGAAACAUAGAAACAUAGAAACAUAGAAUGUGACGGCAGAUAAGAACCAUUCGGCCCAUCUAGUCUGCCCAAUUUUCUAAAUACUUUCAUUAGUCCCUAGCCUUAUCUUAUAGUUAGGAUAGCCUUAUGCCUAUCCCACGCAUGCUUAAACUCCUUUACUGUGUUAACCUCUACCACUUCAGCUUGAAGGCUAUUCCAUGCAUCCACUACCCUCUCAGUAAAGUAAUACUUCCUGAUAUUAUUUUUAAACCUUUGUCCCUCUAAUUUAAGACUAUGUCCUCUUGUUGUGGUAGUUUUUCUUCUUUUAAAUAUAGUCUCCUCCUUUACUGUGUUGAUUCCCUUUAUAUAUUUAAAUGUUUCUAUCAUAUCCCCCCUGUCUCGUCUUUCCUCCAAGCUAUACAUGUUAAGAUCCUUUAACCUUUCCUGGUAAGUUUUAUCCCGCAAUCCAUGAACCAGUUUAGUAGCCCUUCUCUGAACCCUCUCUAAGGUAUCAAUAAAAUAAACCUCUAUGUAUAGCAACUAAAUUAUAAAUAAUAAUAAAGUGUUAUACCCACAGUGUGUCACAGUACAAGUAUGAAAAUGUAUUAUAAACAACACUAACACAUGGGAAGAAUGCUGACCCAAUUUUUUAAGUAAAUAUUUAGAAAUUAUUUCAGAUUCAGAGUAAUAAGCCCUGUAGGGGAUACCUGUAACAGUAAAUUCAAACUAAUUAUCUGCUGGAGGUGCUACAUCCCAGAUAACUUAGUAUCACUAUUACAGCAUAAAGAAGUGGCAACGAUAGAUAGAUCUCUGGUUUAUUUUAUUGAUUUUCCUACAUUUAAGGGGGACUGUCUUGUUGGCAUCUUCUGAUUUAGUCUUGCUCUGUGUGGCCACCUCUUUGGUCAGGAUUAACACUUAUCCACUUAAACCAGCUCAGAGUGUGUUUGGCCACAUACGUGAUGUCAGAAAUUGUAAACACAAGCAAGUUCUUAGUUUAAUUAAAACAGGGUUAAUUCACAUAUAACGCAGCUAAAGUGUAACCAGAGAAUGUUUCCAGAUCCGCUGUUUGAAUCUGAAAUUCACUCUGAAUUCUCAGUUUAGUAAAUAGUCAGAUAAACAUUCCUUCUGGCUAAACAACAUUUAUCCACCCAAAGGUGGAACAAACGUGUGAAACCAGCUGACGGUGUGAUGUUAGAUGUCUGGGACCUUCAUAUGAUGUCGUCUUAAUUCUUGGAUAAAUACCUACAUACAGAAGCACCUGAUAUCUGACCAAAGAUUGCUGAGAGACGGCCACCCCACUGGACAACAAUAAGCCAGAAAAUGCACUUAAAGGAGAUAUAUUAACUCAAAUGUAUCAAUUACAAAACGAUACCCAUGGAGGCUAUAACAUAUGCAACAAAUAGUAAAAUGUAUGCGCCUCUUCGAGUUCUUUUCUUAGGGUUUUUCUGCAGAAAAGUAUUCCAUUCACAGAAACAAUUUGAUGUAAUCACAAGCCAGAUACAAUUACCCACUGUCCUUUACUGUACGACGCAUUUAUUGAAACAUCUACAACAAUUACAAAUUCGUGGUUAUUAUGUCAACCCCCCCCAUUGAAAUUACUGAAAUUCCAACAUAGUCAAUAGAUAUAUUGAGACAAACUAGGGACUACUUUCUCUGCUUGACAAAAUUUUGAUAAUUCCCCUAAAACAAUAUCUUUAGAGGCUCCCGUGGUCGCGAAGGAUCCUCCGUAGAUAUCAGAGUUGUACUCUUGCGCGAGAUUACAGCACUGAUGUGCGCUCCGUGUAGAUGAGGCUACAGUUGGUGAAGUAUGUCCCCCGAUGGUGAUGGUGGCAACUGGCCAAUGUAGGACAGGUUCAGGUAACUAUAUCUCACCGGGAUUGUACCCCCAGGUCCCCGCACACUAAACCCAAACUAUGCAAAAAAACCAAAAAGUGACAGAGCCACUUCAAGCAAAAUCUUAACUUUCCAUUGAUUAUGGAGUUCUACAUACAGGAGACUGGAACAAUAUGGGAAUAAAUGUUUAAACAUAAAUACAAAAAUAAACAAGUCCUGCGCUCAAACUCCCAUCACUCCUGGGCGGCAGCAACGACCAUAGUGCACAUCACCCCUAAUACAGGCAGUAAAAACCAAAGAAAAAUUGUUACCCGUGCUCUUCCUAAUAAUUAUAAUAAUAAUAAAAAAAAAAAAAACCUUUCUGUAUCAUUAGAGAAAUCUUUGCCAGAUUAUUUUCUACAAACCACAAAAUGUAAAACCAGUUUUAAUUUAUAUACUGCCCAGCAAUCUUCUAACUGUAACCACGUCUAUUUACAAACAGGAAAAGUACAAACAUACAUAGUGUAGACUCUAAAAAUGCAGAUUAGAAAAUAUAACCCAGAACUACACGUUUUAUGGAGCCAACCACUCGCAUUCUGUCCGUCCAUCAAGAUGUAUAUACGCACAGAAUAAAAUCCUGUAAACCUUAUAUCAUUAUCUUAUACAUAUGUCAUCACCUUAGCUAAGUAUGUGACAUCAUCUAAGAAAUACGUAUGACAUCAUCAAGCCAUUAUAUUUGCAGCUUGAUGUCAUAGCGUGUCGCCAAAAUCCAAAGCCUGCCUUGUCACCAAUACUGUCAAUACAUAAAUCAUAAUGGGGUUUAUUGACUAAAACACGACUUGUGGGAACAGACAAAGAAUCUCGUAUUUCAGGUCAAAACAUCCGAGCAUGGAAUACAGAAUCGGAGAAUGUUUUCACCUCGGCUGUUUUUAGACCUGUGCGUGGCCAUAAAGCUCAGUUUGGCCGAAUCAUUUUUUCUGAAGUAAUAAAUUCAGAUUUGAGCAUUCGCUUAAUUUUGAGCAUUCGGUCUGGCUGAUCUCUGAGUUUUUUAUUUAUUAUUUAUUUCCAAUGUAUUUAUUUAAAUGGCUGUCCCCUAACCAUCAAUCACAUUUUUGGGUGGCGCACCAUGGGAGGAACACCAAAUCACAAACAACUGGAAUGACUCGUCUGUUUUGAUUGCUCUGUGAUUCGGUCAUAUGGCUAAUCAGAGUUUCGGAAUUCGGACGUCCCGCUGAUCGGCCAAAUGUUGGACAAAUUGCAGCUCGGAUAAAAACAAAUCCACAAGUCCAGAUAUUUUGACCUAAAAAAGACAAACUGCACAAUUCCUGGUUUAAUUAAUAAAGCAUUAUGGCCUGUCCUUGCUCACAGAAAUAUAAAAUAAGAAAAUAUCGAUUCAUAGAGAUUUGUGAUAUCACCCCGAGCCUUCGUAAAGGGAGUGAUCUCAUACUUUGCAGAUGAAUCCAUUUGUAAAUGGAGAUGGGGGCGUUAGUGGGAAUAAAAGCCUGUGUGUUUUUUAUCAUCUGAAUUGUCUGAACCUGUGUCUGUCUGUCGACCUACCAAUAAAUAAUUAUUUAACCAUUGCUGUACUAUUCAAAUGUAUUGAUAUCGCCAGCAUAUACUGUAAGUCCCCAAUGGAAGGGUAACAGAUCCAGAUAUAUUUUGUGCAGAAUCAGAUGGCUGUUAAAUUAUGGAUGUUAAUGCACAAAUUGUUAUUGUAAGAAAAUGGGAUAUAUUUACUUACUGCACCCCCAGGCAAAGCUAAUCUACCCAGCACCCAUAGUCUUAUCCUUAUAUACUAUGCUAACACUUUUUUAACCGACAAUAGCUUGGCAGUGAAGGGGUUAAUUGUGAUAGAUUAACCCUGUAUUUGUAUGUAUGUUCAUGUAGCUUGCAGUGAUUAACUAAUUAACCUUGAUACAUAUUAUUCUGUAUAAUAAUUAAUGUGGAUGGUACACACCUACUGAACCUACCUCCCAGGAAAAAUGCUGCUUGCCCCCAUCCCUCAUCUUAAAAGGUAAAAAGGUAUGUUCAGUUAUUAGACUGAGUCUGUCCCUCAAGGAAUGUAUACUUUGUAUAUGGAGAUCACAGAGCUCCACAGAAAUACAAUUCCCAGUAAUGUGCAGUGAGAAUGCGUGUAUCACAGAGCUCCACAGAAAUACAAUUCCCAGUAAUGUGCAGUGAGAAUGCGUGUAUCACAGAGCUCCACAGAAAGACAAUUCCCAGUAAUGUGCAGUGAGAAUGCGUGUAUCACAGAGCUCCACAAAAAUACAAUUCCCAGUAAUGUGCAGUGAGAAUGCGUGUAUCACAGAGCUCCACAGAAAUACAAUUCCCAGUAAUGUGCAGUGAGAAUGCGUGUAUCACAGAGCUCCACAGAAAUACAAUUCCCAGUAAUGUGCAGUGAGAAUGCGUGUAUCACAGAGCUUCACAGCAAUAAAACUCACAGUAAUGUGUAUUGUGUAUGAGUGUAUUACAGAGCUCCACAGAAAUAAAACUCACAGUAAUGUGCAGUGUGUAUAAGUGUAUCACAGUGCUCCACAUGAAUACUCUAAUAAUCACUGGAGGCCGCUACAUCCUCUCUAAUGGGCUAAUUUGUUACACAUUUUGUGUGAAUCCUGUCAGACUGACACAUACCAUUAACAUACAAUUAACUCAUUUUGUUUGUUUGUUUGUGCCUUUAGCACCAAUAGUAAUUAACUAAUCAAACAGAGUUUAUUCUACAUUUCAUCAAUUCCCAAAUACAUCCACAAAUCCGAAGGACGCACUGUUCAUUUUUACGGCUAUUUUUUUUUAUUAUUAGCUUGUUAGUACAUAGCCCCCAAAAUGUCUCGAAAAUAACAAAAGAUAGAUUUUAUUGCAAUAUAAGAUGGGAUAAAUACAUGUCACAGAGUUUCCGGUUCUCUGUCGGUGUAAACGCAUGAGACGUUCCAAGUCCAGCUUAUGUCGGAGUUUAAAGCUUAAUAAAGAACAUUAAAAAAAAUCUGUAUUGUUUAACGUGUUUUCGGUUAUAGCUGUCUGCCUUUCAGUUUGAAUGACUGACAACCUGUUUAUUUGCAGGCUAUGGAGAGCAAGCUCUUGAUUGGCGGGAAGAAUAUCAUGGACCAUACAAACGAGCAGCAGAAAAUGUUGGAGAUCAAGCGGCAGGAGAUCGCAGAGCAGGUAAAGGAGACAGGAUGGGAUGUUCCCAACGCAUUUUAUAGAAAAUUUGCCUGACCUUCUCGAUGUACACAAAAUGUGUCAGGGAAUGAACUUUGAAAACAGCAGAGAUAUCAAGUUAGGACUUAGAAGUACACCCUUGGCACCAUAGCCAUGAUAGUAUGCUGUAGUGGUUAUAGUGCGAACAUGCUGCGCUCUCCAUGUAAGUCGUCAAAACAUAAGGGUUCCAGUCAUUACCUGGGGUGCGUCAGGCGCUGCUCCCUGCUUCUUCUGGAGCUCUCUGUGUGUGCUGAGCCUGAUGGUUUAAGUCUCUGCACAUUGGCUGACCGUGUUCAGCUGAGCUAACUCUGCACAGCAGGACUCUCAGGGGAGCUAUCCCAGGCUCCUAGCACAUGCCAUGGAAAAGAGAGAGGCAGUGAGUCACGCCUGGUGGACCCCAGAAAAGAAAUCAAACCGCUACUAAACAGUCUAACUACUUACACUAAAGGAUACGCCGAGGCAUUCCUGGCACCAUGACCACUAGAGCAUGCCUAAAGCCACCUCUAGUGUCUGUCACUCAGACAAUCAGUCAUUCACUCCGACAGCCACUAGAGUAAACUGUUAAUUUUUUUUAUCAGUUCUGGGGGAGGGGGUGCUGAGUAAUCUAAAUUGUUACGAAGACUACAGCAAUAGGAAUACAUGUUUACAUUCCUAACGCUAUAGUGUUCCUUUAACUCUUGCAUGGCGUAAACUCGCACAAUACGCUGCUGGAGAAAGUGCUGAGCGUGCAUGUAUGUGUAUGGAUCACAGGGUAAUGAAGAUUUUUACUAAACAAGAAAUUCUGAAUUAUGUGGAAAUGGUUUUAUUUUAGUAAAUUGUCCCAUUACUAUUUUUCGAGCUGUUUUUGUGUCCUGUGCUAGAAAUGGCGAGAGAGAGAGAUCCAACAGCAGAUGCUUCUGCAGGGCGAAGAGACGCUGGAACUUCGAGAGACCUAUACAUCCCUGCAACAGGAGGUCGAGAUGAAGACCAAAAAACUCAAGAAGGUCAGGCGCAGUUUAAAAAAAAAUAUACCUAGCCACUUCAGACUAUUUUGUUUAUCUUUGAGGGUUGCCCUAGGAAGACUGGUUUAUAUAUGAUGUUUGAUGUGUUUGCUUAAAAUGUGAAGGAGGGAUUUCGAAUGCUAGUGGCACGAAAGCCACUAGCAUUCAUAUGGUAGUUUCACGAACAGUGAUUUUCAACACCGUUCGUGAAACGAACAAAGUACUGAAUGGGAACCCACACACAGGGGGUCGUGUGGCUACCAUUAACCGAUUGCAACAAUGUAUCCAUCGGCUAUUAAUUGAUUCACAGGGUGGCCGGCGUUCGGCUACCAACCACGAGGCGGCAGCCAUCUUGGAUUCCCUUUUUGUCCAGUGGUGUUUGGUCGUCGAGUGCCUCAAACUAAAAUCGGCUACUCGAUGGCACGAACACCGCUAGACUUCCAGGCCGUUCGGGAGCGCCGGUCUUUCGAUACUUUUUCUCCACUUGUGUAUUCGUGACUUUUAUGAGGAAUGUAUAUUGAAGUGUAUUUCGUGUGGCGUUUGGCUGAUUGUGCUUGGAUCUGAGCGGUACUUUCACAAAGUAUGCGCUCAGACCCCAGCUAUCUGCCGAACGGUCAUUCGGAACAGUGGCACGAAUAGUAUGUAAGUUACAGAUUUUUAUAUGAAGGAUAAUCUACUUAACAGGAUAUUCUAGUGGGAGUAUCCCUCUCGUACAGCAGUCCAUGGUGGGAGAAAUGUUCUGUAUGUUAAGUCCCCCAUGUAGUCCACUACUGUACAACCCCUGAAACUGUGUUUCGUCCGGUUACUGGGGGAUUUGGGAUAUUGCCUUCAUUUUCAGUGCUUUCCUUGGAUUACCUUAUUUUACCAGCGGAGAUAUUGGGAUUUAAUGUUGCAGCUCCGCUACAUAGUCUAUAGAAAAUGAAUAAUGUGAAUCAAGAAAGGCAUCCAAUCGCAUCGACCUCUUGGUAAGCACAUCAGCUCGCACUAAAAUAUAAAUACAAGAGAAAAGCAUUCCUGACCCCAACCAUCACACUGGGCAAAAUGGUGGCAUGGCAGCUUCCAAAAAGUGCUCGUGUCCGCUUGACAUGUAUGUUCCCGAGACUGACCGGCCGCCAUGAUGGCUAUCCCACGCAGGGUUACCCAUGGCAGAGUGUUGCUGAAGCACUCUCAUAGACAGGCAAGCCUGGUGACUUUUUGUGCACCAUGGGUAUGUCAAAUGAUACGUUCAACCUGUGGAUACGUUGUGUGCAAAAACAACACUAUCCCACCAAAUUUAGGACAGUUGGGGUGUAUACUCGGAAGCAGCACAAUUCGCAUCAACACAUCGGUACAGGAGAGAGGCACGGCAGCUGCAGCCUAGUCCAUUACUGAUUAAUAAUGGGGGUAAAAAUCCUGAAUUAUUCUGUUAGGGUAUAAACUGGGGGAAACUGCUGCAGGGACUCAGGGCCGGGUUUAUGAGAUACAUCACUGACUAAUCGUUCGUGGCAUCUUCUAGUAACAUAUCUGUAACGUGGCAGCAUGCUUCCUGUGUAACUACAGGAGAUUAGAUCCAAGAUUAACAUGAUUGUUAUCACAGCCCAUUGUGCUACUUACAUUGAGUUUGGCCACAAUAAUUAUGUUAUAUAUAUCUUGCACUUAGUCCAAUCAUUUUUUUGGACAAAAAACUCCCCACAAUUUUCUAAACAGAAAUGAUUAUGUUCUAGUGAUGUACCUCGCUGUUUAAUGAAACAUUAUAUAUACACACACAUGGACGCAUAAAAAUUAAAUACAGUAGGUUGGGUGUCAAACAGUGUAUGUGGAUGACAAAUGGAUUUCUCAGCACCUUACAUAGAAACAUAGAAUGUGACGACAGAUCAGAACCAUUCGGCCCAUCUAGUCUGCCCAAUUUUCUAAAUACUUUCACUAGUCCCUAGCCUUAUCUUAUAGUUAGGAUAGCCUUAUGCCUAUCCCAUUCAUGCUUAAACUCCUUUACUGUGUUAAAGGACCACUAUAGUGCCAGGAAAACAUACUCGUUUUCCUGGCACUAUAGUGCCCUGAGGGUGCCCCCACCCUCAGGGACCCCCUCCCGCCCGGCUCUGGAAGGGGGAAAGGGGUAAAAACGUACCUUUUUCCAGCGCUGGUCGGAGAGCUCUCCUCCUCUGAUCCUCCUCCGAUCCUCCUCCUGGGCUGAAUGCGCACGCGCGGCAAGAGCUGCGCGCGCAUUCAGCCGGUGGCAUAGGAAAGCAUUCUCAAUGCUUUCCUAUGGACGCUGGCGUGCUCUCACUGUGAAAAUCACAGUGAGAAGCACGCAAGCGCCUCUAGUGGCUGUCAAUGAGACAGCCACUAGAGGAUUAGGGGGAAGGCUUAACCCAUUGAUAAACAUAGCAGCUUCUCUGAAACUGCUAUGUUUAUUAAAAAAUGGGUUAACCCUAGAAGGACCUUGGCACCCAGACCACUUCAUUAAGCUGAAGUGGUCUGGGUGCCUAGAGUGGUCCUUAACCUCUACCACUUCAGCUGGAAGGCUAUUCCAUGCAUCCACUACCCUCUCAGUAAAGUAUACUUCCUUAUUUUUAAACCUUUGUCCCUCUAAUUUAAGACUAUGUCCUCUUGUUGUGGUAGUUUUUCUUCUUUUAAAUAUAGUCUCCUCCUUUACUGUGUUGAUUCCCUUUACGUAUUUAAAUGUUUCUAUCAUUUCCCCCCUGUCUCGUCUUUCCUCCAAGCUAUACAUGUUAAGAUCUUUUAAAUACCUUAAAGGAAAUCUCUGACUUCUCUGAAUUUUAAACAUUCUGUUUACCUAUCCAUAUAUUUAACAAAUAUAUUUAGGAGGAGUGAAAAAUAAAAUUAAAUGUAGAAACCCACACCUCUCUAUACUGUAACUGGGUGCCUCCAUCUUAGCUCCCUGUCAAUCAUUGUUAUAAGCUCCGCCCUUUACACCUGGCAGUCAGUAUAGAGAGAGCCACCUCCAUCUUAGCUCCUGUCAGUCAUUGUUAGAAGCUCCACCCUUUACACCUGGUAGUCAGUAUAGAUAGAGCCGCCUCCAUCUUAGCUCCCUGUCAAUCAUUGUUAUAAGCUCCGCCCUUUACACCUGGCAGUCAGUAUAGAGAGAGCCACCCCCAUCUUAGCUCCCUGUCAAUCAUUGUUAUAAGCUCCGCCCUUUACACCUGGCAGUCAGUAUAGAGAGAGCCACCUCCAUCUUAGCUCCCUGUCAAUCAUUGUUAUAAGCUCCGCCCUUUACACCUGGCAGUCAGUAUAGAGAGAGCCACCUCCAUGUCAAUCAUUGUUAUAAGCUCCGCCCUUUACACCUGGCAGUCAGUAUAGAGAGCCACCUCCAUCUUAGCUCCCUGUCAAUCAUUGUUAUAAGCUCCGCCCUUUACACCUGGGAGUCAGUAUAGAGAGAGCCACCUCCAUCUUAGCUCCCUGUCAGUCAUUGUUAUAAGCUCCGCCCUUUACACCUGGCAGUCAGUAUAGAGAGAGCCACCUCCAUCUUAGCUCCCUGUCAAUCAUUGUUAUAAGCUCCGCCCUUUACACCUGGCAGUCACUAUAGAGAGAGCCGCCUCCAUCUUAGCUCCCUGUCAAUCAUUGUUAUAAGCUCCGCCCUUUACACCUGGCAGUCAGUAUAGAGAGAGCCACCUCCAUCUUAGCUCCCUGUCAAUCAUUGUUAUAAGUUCCGCCCUUUACACCUGGCAGUCAGUAUAGAGAGAGCCACCUCCAUCUUAGCUCCCUGUCAAUCAUUGUUAUAAGCUCCGCCCUUUACACCUGGCAGUCAGUAUAUAGAGAGCAGACAGAGAGGAGGAGACAUGACACAAGGUGUGUCCUGGCUGUGCCUUGUGUGAACUGGGUUAUGAUGUCAUUUGUUAAAUCUUUAAUAUAAAUUUAAAAGAAAACAGAGAAUCUCAUGAAGAAAAAUGUUAACACAACUGAUAGGUGAUAUUCAAUGUUUUAUUCAAUGGGGUAAAUAAAUCUCAAAGAAGUGUCAGAUCUCCUUUAAAGGAGGCGUCUCUGGUGGGAGUGUAAGUGGAUGUCAGAGUGUUAUACGCCCAUUAUAAUGUAAGAGCAGGAGGACUAGAGCUCUAUGGAAAGAUUUACUAGUUCCCGUUCUCUGUUCCAGCUGCAGGAGAUCUGUUGUUAUCAGGUAACAGCAUGUGCAGCAUAUAGAUUUAGAGCUCUAGUCUCUAUUAUCAGAUAAUAUGCAGUACGUCCAGCCUAUAGGAUUAGAACUCUAGGUGGGGCUCACUAGUUCCUGGUCUCUGUUCCAGCUCUAUUAUCAGAUAAUAUGCAGUAUGUGCAGCCUAUAGGAUUAGAACUCUAGGUGGGGCUCACUAGUUCCUGGUCUCUGUUCCAGCUCUAUUAUCAGAUAAUAUGCAGUAUGUGCAGCCUGUAGGAUUAGAACUCUAGGUAGGGCUUGCUAGUUCCUGCUCUCUGUUCCAGCUCUAUUAUCAGAUAAUAUGCAGUAUGUGCAGCCUGUAGGAUUAGAACUCUAGGUAGGGCUUGCUAGUUCCUGUUCUCUGUUCCAGCUCUAUUAUCAGAUAAUAUGCAGUAUGUGCAGCCUGUAGGAUUAGAACUCUAGGUAGGGCUCACUAGUUCCUGCUCUCUGUUCCAGCUCUAUUAUCAGAUAAUAUGCAGUAUGUGCAGCCUGUAGGAUUAGAACUCUAGGUAGGGCUCACUAGUUCCUGCUCUCUGUUCCAGCUCUAUUAUCAGAUAAUACGCAGUACGUCCAGCCUAUAGGAUUAGAACUCUAGGUAGGGCUCACUAGUUCCUGCUCUCUGUUCCAGCUCUAUUAUCAGAUAAUACGCAGUACGUCCAGCCUGUAGGAUUAGAACUCUAGGUGGGGCUCACUAGUUCCUGCUCUCUGUUCCAGCUCUAUUAUCAGAUAAUAUGCAGUAUGUGCAGCCUGUAAGAUUAGAACUCUAGGUAGGGCUUGCUAGUUCCUGUUCUCUGUUCCAGCUCUAUUAUCAGAUAAUACGCAGUAUGUGCAGCCUGUAAGAUUAGAACUCUAGGUAGGGCUUGCUAGUUCCUGUUCUCUGUUCCAGCUCUAUUAUCAGAUAAUACGCAGUAUGUGCAGCCUGUAAGAUUAGAACUCUAGGUAGGGCUUGCUAGUUCCUGUUCUCUGUUCCAGCUCUAUUAUCAGAUAAUACGCAGUAUGUGCCGCCUGUAGGAUUAGAACUCUAGGUAGGGCUCGCUAGUUCCUGCUCUCUGUUCCAGCUCUAUUAUCAGAUAAUAUGCAGUAUGUGCAGCCUGUAGGAUUAGAACUCUAGGUAGGGCUUGCUAGUUCCUGGUCUCUGUUCCAGCUCUAUUAUCAGAUAAUAUGCAGUAUGUGCAGCCUGUAGGAUUAGAACCCUAGGUAGGGCUUGCUAGUUCCUGCUCUCUGUUCCAGCUCUAUUAUCAGAUAAUACACAGUAUGUGCAGCCUGUAGGAUUAGAACCCUAGGUAGGGCUUGCUAGUUCCUGCUCUCUGUUCCAGCUCUAUUAUCAGAUAAUACACAGUAUGUGCAGCCUGUAGGAUUAGAACCCUAGGUAGGGCUUGCUAGUUCCUGCUCUCUGUUCCAGCUCUAUUAUCAGAUAAUAUGCAGUAUGUGCAGCCUGUAGGAUUAGAACUCUAGGUAGGGCUUGCUAGUUCCUCUUCUCUGUUCCAGCUCUAUUAUCAGAUAAUACGCACUAUGUGCAGCCUGUAGGAUUAGAACUCUAGGUAGGGCUUGCUAGUUCCUCUUCUCUGUUACAGCUCUAUUAUCAGAUAAUACACAACACGUGCAGCAUAUAGAAUUAGAGCCCUAGUUGGGCUCACUAGUUCCUACUCUCUGUUCCAGCUCUAUUAUCAGAUAAUAUGCAGUAUGUGCAGCCUGUAAGAUUAGAACUCUAGGUAGGGCUUGCUAGUUCCUGUUCUCUGUUCCAGCUCUAUUAUCAGAUAAUCCGCAGUACGUGCAGCCUGUAGGAUUAGAACUCUAGGUAGGGCUUGCUAGUUCCUGUUCUCUGUUCCAGCUCUAUUAUCAGAUAAUAUGCAGUACGUGCCGCCUAUAGGAUUAGAACUCUAGGUAGGGCUUGCUAGUUCCUGUUCUCUGUUCCAGCUCUAUUAUCAGAUAAUACGCAGUAUGUGCAGCCUGUAGGAUUAGAACUCUAGGUAGGGCUUGCUAGUUCCUGUUCUCUGUUCCAGCUCUAUUAUCAGAUAAUACGCACUAUGUGCAGCAUAUAGAAUUAGGGCUCUAGGUAGAGAUCGCUCGUUACUGUUCUCUGUUCCAGCUCCUUUAUCAUAUAAUACGCAGUGUGUGCAGCCUGUAGAAUUAGAACUCUAGGUAGGGCUCACUAGUUCCUGCUCUCUGUUCCAGCUCCUUUAUCAGAUAACACACAGUACGUACAGUCUGUAGGAUUAGAACUCUAGGUAGGGCUCACUAGUUCCUGCUCUCUGUUCCAGCUCCUUUAUCAGAUAACACACAGUACGUACAGUCUGUAGGAUUAGAACUCUAGGUAGGGCUCACUAGUUCCUGCUCUCUGUUCCAGCUCUACGCCAAGCUGCAGGCUGUGAAGGGAGAGAUACAGGAUCAGCACGAUGAAUAUGUGCGAGUGAGACAAGACCUAGAACAGGCUCAGAAUGAACAGACCCGGGAGCUCAAAUUCAGGUAAAUCCUAAAUUCCAUCUAUACCCCUAUGUGUGGUGCAAUGAAACAUAUUCCCAUGUCAUGUAAAGAAAUCGAAUGGCUUUAAAAAUCACUUAAUAACCCUUAAAUGAACAUAUCCACCCCAUAAUAAUUUAAUAAUCCUUAAAUGAACAUUUCUACCCCAUAAUAACCCUUUAAUGAACAUUACCACCCCAUAAUAAUAUAAUAACCAGUGAAGUGGUUAUGGUGGCUAAUGGGUAUCCUAACUGUUUUUUUUUUUUUUUUUUUGCUGGGACUCAUUUAUUGCAUUUUCUCCUUUCUCUCUAGAUACCUGAUUAUUGAGAAUUUCAUUCCUCCGGAAGAGAAGAAUAAGAUAAUGAACAGACUUUACUACGAUUCCGAGGAGGAUCAGUGGAAAUUUCAGCCGCUCGUCCCACCGGGAAAGUAAGUUUUCAGGACAUCUACGUCACUGGUAGUGUAUAGGGAUUUUGGCAGACGUGAAAUAAAUACAUAUUUAAACUUUGUUGCAGUAUGGAAAUAUUUACAUGUAUGUACAUUGUAUGAUUUAUGAAGUGUUCUCUAGAAAACCAAAAUAAAAUAUACAUCAAUAUCAUCAAUAAUAUAAUCCGUUCAAGUCAUAUGCCACAAACCAGGCCUGAAAUGUACUCACCACAGCAAAGAUUUGGGUUUACAGAGUGGAUUGCUGACUAUAGAUACAUUUGUAAUCUAUUCACUGACUUAAAUGUUAGUUUAUUUGAAAUUAGAGAACUAAUACGUUACUGACUUCAGUGUGAUUCAUUGACUUAUUUAGUUUAUCCACAACAUAUAUGAGGAGGAGAGAGGAACUUACUUGUGAUCUCUUAGCCUCUAUAUUUGUCUGGGAGGCUUGCAGGUACCAAGUGCACAAUGCACACAUUAGGUGAAGGACAGCAGUGAUUUCACAUUUCACACUUUGUACAGAGACUUGUUAAAUAGUAAUAUAGGUCAAAAAAGACUUUGUUCUGCACUAUAUUCUGUUAGCCCUCACAGUGCCGGCAAGUCAUGCAGCUUCCCAAAAGUGGGAAAAAAAAACAAGAUUUCCAGUGAGAAACUAGAAGGUAAAGGGUUAAUCAUCCAGAGUUGCUGACCAAUUCUGAAACCAUCCCUGCCAAGUCCCCGGUUUAUUGCAGAUAUCAGCUGUGUGGCUAUCAUUGCAAUAAGCUGCUGCCUACAAACACAGGGCCAGUGGCGGUCCAUGGCUCACUCUUCAGAGAUGACUUUCCACUGGCCGUAUCUUAUCAUAGAUAGCAGACGAGUGGAUAUUCUGAUCAUUCAUUUUACAGCACAGUCCCCCAGACUUAGGAUAAUUCUUUCUUUCUGCUCUUUAAAUGUUUCUUGUGUCCAUUCCUCUUCAGUGGUAACCAAGGUGGGAGCACCAUGAAGAGGCGGCCAUUGUCCGCGGUGGGGUACAAGAGACCAAUCAGCCAGUAUGCCAGGGUUGCCAUGGUGAUGGGGUGUCAUCCCAGGUACCGGGUGAGUUACCACUGAUUAAAUGUUUCAUGUUAAGAGACAAAACUGUAGGAUGGUGAUAAAGAAAGAUGUCUGCUGAUGUUCCUCAUUCAGCUAGGUGGAGGAGCUGAGCACAUGUCAUAGAAUUUUCAUUUUUGGAAGAGGUGCUGCUAGGUCCAUAUGAUGAUAGAAAUUGUGGCUUGUCCCACUUUAAAGAAUACAUCAAAUUAGUGCAUUUUCCAGGCCCUUAUAUUUACCAAUUUUCUCUAUUCUGCCCCAUCAGCCUGUUCUUAAAUCCCACCUGCCCCUUCCUUUUAGGUUUUUGUUUUUUUUAUGAUAUCAGUUUAACUCCAUUUGGGGAUGUGGGUAGCCAGAAUAAAUUUUGCUUAUUUUUCUGUGAAAUUUUUUUAAAGGCUGAGAAUAUUAUGUUCCUUGAGCUUGAUCUGACACCUCCGGCUGUGUUUGAGAUGGACUUCUCCAGAGAGCGAGCAGAUCAGGACCCCCGAGCUGUACAUCUGGAGAGGUUGACCCGCUUAGACAGUCUCAUGGAACGUCCCGCUGCAGCCCGAGUCCGGAAAUCAAGGUCCUGGUAAGUCCCAUUCUGCAUUGUUCUCUUAUCACCAAUAACCAUUUUCCUGUCCAGGACGAAUUUCAGAUCCUGGUGAAUCCCGUGCUAUCGUUCUCUUAAACCAGUGAUACUCAGCCUUGACACUCAGCUAGACUUAAUUUCCUAAGAUGCCCGACCAGCUUGUCUUAAACCAUCCAUUGGUCAUGUAAGGUACUUGGUGAAUGUCCAACCAAGUAAAACUUGGACUGGCCUCCAAGGCCUCAGUGAGUUUAAGGUCCUGGUAAAAAAUAUUCAGUGGUUUCAUUGACGUAAAUCUUCUGCCAGUAAUACUUAUAUUUAAUAGUUUUUAUGAAUGCAUACAUUUUUAAUUGGAAUAUCUUUGAUAUUUAUUUAAUUUAAAUAGAUUUUUUCCAAUUAUUUACAGUAAUAAAGCACACAAAUUGGUGCAGAAACAUAAAGGUAGAUACAAUACAUUAGUAAGACAGGAGACAGUAACAGACAUUUUUGGACAAGAUCAAAUGUGUGAAGCAUCUGAAUGAACAUAAGCAUAAAGAAGAGGGGAAAGAAAGCCAUUAUUAUUAAAUGUUUCUGGAUAAGUCUUUCCUCUCUAUUAUCACUUGGUUGGGUACAUGACAUCAGAUAAAGUGCUGUAUAUUAUUUUUAUUAUUUUAUUAUUAUUAUGAACAGAGAGAAUUCUGAGUAUCAUGAUAACAAACUUGUUUUUGGAGUGUUUCCAGUGGGAAAGGAGAUAGGAUUGAGUUGCAUGGGUGUUGUUUAAAGAUUUUACUGAGUCUGAUUUACCGAAAUCUGUAUUUGUUUUAAAUGUAGACACCAGAGAAGUCUGACAGAGGAUCUCUGAACAUUUAUUUUGGUUCCUUCAAAAAACCCAUUAUAAAUAAUUCCCUCUAACUUUUUAUGGUACUGUGUUACGAAUAACUAUCUCCAAAUAUAAAUUCCAUUCUUCUGUUUCCAGGUGUCAGCAGGCUCGCCUCCUCCCGUCAUCAACCACCCAUAUCUCAUUGUCCUCCAGCAGCCAACGGCGCCCUUUGUCACCUACCCAUGAGUGACGCCUGCCAUCCCUUCACAGCUCCAGCCAAGCGCACCACCUUACGCCAUGCUUCGCAUCCAACUUGGCCAUGAAGUAGCCACUGGUAUCUCACAACUGUUACCUCCGCCUGGAGCUGGCAGCUCAACCGAGGACGAUAGGAGCAGUUAUACUUGAGGAUUAAGAUUAACCUUAUUUAUUUAUUUAUUAUUUAUUUAAAUAGUCCCUGCCACCAUUUUACAGCACUUUGGGUUUUUGAUGGCUGGUAUAAGGGCAAUCACUGUUGUGUCUUGCAUCUCCCUGGCAACCCAGAAGAUUUUAUUGUUGGAAGAAGAGUUUGCAAUCUGUUGGCUGUUUAUCUUUUUUGUCCAUGGGAGUGUACACUUUGCGGGCUAUGCCAGUGGUGAUGUUAGUCCCUGUAUUCUAUCGGUGAAGUGGAGCUCAGUGAUAUAUGUCUCUACAUUGCAAUUCCAGUCGCUCUGCUCACCACAUAAUCAAUUUAUUGGUGUAUCCGGCCGAAAAUUGUAUAUCUUCAGCUCCUUCUGGUAUAAACACCCCAACACUGCUACUCUCUUCUCUUCAGGAUUAUGGCUAGUGAUGUAUGUAGCAGAAGGCACAGACGGCUAUGAAUCCCUCCCUUUUAACUCCUCCGUUAGGUCAGAUAACAAGAUUGUGGCUCAAAAGUCAAACUUCCAGUGCCUUAUCGUAAAGGCUUAUCACCAUACAACAUACCACAUCUGAUGACUUUAUUAUCAUUAUUAUAAGAAAGAACGAUUUUUACACCAUGUUAUCGUGCACGUUAUGUGGAGGAAAAUAAAUCUUGACCAGGAAGGAUUCUACUUAAUAAUCUGCGGACUUUUGUCAAGUUCAGAAAUCAUUAAUGGCAACAAUAACUAUAAUAAUUGUAACAACUUUAAAUUUGACUCAAAUUGUAAAGCCGUGCUUGGCCAAUGUGAAUUUCUCUGCUUAUAAUGUGUCUUUAUAACCACUUUAUCACCACCAUUAGGUAAAUCCCCCGUCAUUAUGACCGUCCUGACAUAUAACUGAAAAGCUUAACUCCAAUUCUGCUCUUGCUGUUACUAGGGUGUCUUAUUUUGCUUGGGUGGAAAUAAUUAGCAGAUAAUUCUCUUGUUCCUUCAGGAAUACUGGACUUGCAAGAAAUAUGGAUUACAGUUUAGUCAAUCGAAGGUCGGAUUAAGGAUGGGAGAAUGGACAUUCAGCCCGUUAAUGGCACAAGUCAUCCCUCAAUUCAUUACUGCAAGGGGUGAAAUUAUUGAUAUCCUUAGUGCACAUGGUGCGCCCCAUAUCCAGAUCCCAUGAUACCGGUCACCUAAACAAUAGCACAUAGCACCAUCAUAACACAGCUUGACUGGAGGGGCAAUGUUACUAGGAACAGUUUGCUUGACUUUCAUUUUAUACUUGAAGCUGAUUUUUUUUUUUUUAUCUGACCUCUAGAAAACUAUAGGAAUCUUGAAUGGGGUUGUUGGUUCCACCCUUUAUUUUUUUGCAGGCCCAAGAGACGCUUAAGAAGUCCGUCUAUGCUAAGCAAGUCAUGCUGGGAAUUAUUUGUGAGCUCUCACCCGGUGCAGCUCACACGAGCGAGUUGAUGGGGUUAUAAAAUAAUCGUCUGUGAAGGUUAUUGUGAAAAUGUCACAUUGUGCAAUAAUACUGAGUAUUUCUAUGCAGUUUUAAAAGUCUACCGCUUGUUUAAAGAACAGCGCGCAAAGGGUACUGUUCUUAUCAUGAUCAGCCUGUGCCACGGUCUUGCUUACCACUCUCAAAUUAUGCUAAAAAUGAAGAUUUCUUCCCAUAUUCGUGGUUUCUCUGUGUAUUGUUUGGGAGCGACGUGGAAUUUUAGUAUCAGCCGGCCAGUGAGGUCAAUGAGUGAGUUUAUGAUGUCACAUUUUGAGAAGUCUCACAGUUUGGUGGCACUGCCCCCAGUAUGUUCAUAUUUCGGUGGAAUUAAGAGAUGGUUCCUUGGAGGGGGGGAUAAGUUGCUCCCUUUCCCAACACAUUCACAGCCAGGUAGCUUCGUUUACUUUUGCAAACUUUCACCACUUGUCAGUUUGGGUUUUAAUUUGGUGUCUAUGUAGAAAGCGAAGCACUGUAUAUCCCAUGAUGCUCAGGGGCCUGAAAUAAGCUCAAAUAUUGACACUUUAUGUGAGCAAAAGGGGGAGCUUCACCCAGAGAUCCAAUAAACAAUAUAAGAAAUAAAAUAUUAAUAUGUUACGCUAGC